CAGAGACUGAAUCCAGACCAGAGUUUCAGUCCCUCUUUUUUUUCUCUCUCUCCUCUUUCUCUCACCCCCCUCUCGCCUCUCUCACACCCCCCUCUCCUCUUUCCUCUCCCUCUCCCUUUCACUAAUUUAUCCCGAUGUUAGCACAUUCUGUCUUGUUACAACCGGACGCCUGUAGGUUUGUUCAUUGGGAUCAUUACUUAACUGAUCAGGAUGGCCCUGGAAUAUCUUUUUAAAGGAGAGACGUGAUUGAAGUGGUGUCAAGAAAAAUAAUACAACUUUUUUUUUUCCUACAGAUUUUUUUUUUUUAUUGGAUGGCAUUAUAUUUUGGACAUGGGUUGCUGGUUUAGAUUGUGAAAUAAUUUCUCCUUGUCUGCAAUGUGAAUUCUAAUCUGCAUGUUUUAAACUACAAGAAGUGAAUUACAGGCAGGAAAGAAGACAAUUUUUCAUGUUUUUUAUUUUUCUAUUUUUUUCAAGUGCUAACUGAGGAAAUUGUGGAUUACAUGACUUACCCUGUAGUCGAGGUACAGUACAUGACUUGUUUACUCCCUGAACAUUUUUGGUGUUUAAAAAUGAGGCAUGGAGUUUGUACUGAGCUUGCAGGAUUUUAUCUUGAUGUAAAUAUUAACUAAAAUAACAACACAGGAGUGGGAAAAAGGUAAGAAACAUGCCUGCAUUUUUUUUUUUUUGUAAUCUAACCUGGUGUUGUCUAUUCUGUGUGUCCUGUAAAAAAUCCUUUUAGCACAUCUUUGUCAAACACUGGCUCAUUUGCGGUGAAUGAGGCCACCUCGGUGUAGAGCACUUAAAGUGUAUGUCUUAAUCAGUUUCCUGUGCAGUCAGUAAUGUUGUAUUUAACACAGCUUUCCUCUGCAGUCUGAUCACAGUGAGCAAUUGCUUUUUAUUUCUCAUACUAGGCAGAUCAUUUUAUUUAUAUAAAGAAUUACAUAUGAAAAUUACAUAUGAUUUAAAUAUAUUAUUAUUAUUAUUAUAUAUAAAGAAUGAAUUAACAUUUUAAUCAUACUUGGCAUUUUGAUCAUUUUUUUUUAGUUAUCAUUGCACAUCACUAUAAACAUGAGGUUAUAUGAAACAAUGAAACAACAGGAAAUAAUCACAUUCAGUCUCUGUAGCAUCUAAAAAUAAUUAUCGCUUCCAUCUCUGUGUUAUUACGUUGUUGUAAAACCCAUAUAAUUGUUUUUUCUCUUUCCCACAGGAGGUGUAAUUGAAUUAAAUAAAAUUGCAUUUGGACAGUUUUUGGGAUAUACAUCACACGAGAAAAAAAAGACAAGAGGAAACAUUUUCUGGGAAUACAGUGGUUUAUGCUAUUCUUUUUUGGAUUUAUUUUUUAUUAUUUCAGACUAUAGGACAGCAACCCAACUGAGCUAAACGAAUGUCCUCUUUUCUACAUAAAGAAGUUCAUUGGAAUUUAAUGCCACAAAUCUCAUCUUCAGGAUGUCAUUGAGUACGACUUCUAUAGGGAAAGGUGUGGAUCCUAACGCAGUUGAUGUAUAUGACAGUGGGGAUGACUGGGAAAUUGGUGUUGGUAAUUUAAUCAUUGAUUUGGAUGCUGAUUUGGAAAAAGACAGACAGAAAUUUGAAAUGAGCAACUCUACAAACAGUGGUUGUGUUUCAAAGGACAGUGGACAUGGCUUGUCAUCUAGUGGACCUGUUAACUCUACCUCCUCUACCUUAGUGGACAGCCUCAAAUUUGCUUCUAUGCAGCAACAACCAUCAACCCCCCAAGGGAAUGGCCACAAAGAGACUAGCAAAUCAAAAGUGAAAAGGAGCAAAACUUCUAAGGAUUCUAAUAAGCUAUUGCCUUCUGCAUCUUUGUAUGGGAUUCCAGAGAUUAGCAGCAGUGCUGGCAAAAGGCAGCAGGAGGCAGGACGCUUUGGGGAGGUGGCAUCCACAGUUAGCAUGAGUGCAACACUGUGCCAUGGUACCAAUGGAGUUGGCCUUACUGGUAACCCAUCUUGUGGGAAAAGCAUCAAAGAGGAGAAAACAGGGGGCAAAAAUCAGAGCACCAGGGGCUCAAAAAGGGAUAAAGAGUCUGGAAAGUCAAGAAAGGACAACAGCAACAAGUUAUAUGACAUUGGGCAUCCUAACACUGGAGUAAACAGCCAAGCAGUCGUGCAUUUGUAUGGAUUUGGAAGUGGCAAGGCCUCUGGGAAUGUCAGCCCUUUUCACUGUGGCAAUAGCUUGGCUGGAGAGUUAACAAAAAAUGCACUUGAUUCAGGGAAUAUGGUGAACACUGCACUGGCUAAAAAAGAAGAGGAGGAUGAAGAAAGCCAUAGGCGAAACAAGAAAUUAAAGACUGAAAAGGUAAAUAAAUUCACUUAUUAGCCUUGGCAUACAAAUAUUUUAUGUUGCUCAUGCACCCAUCUGGAAUGCAUAUACUCUAAAAAUAUAUUUCCAGUACAUUUUGCCCUUUAUUUCUUGGUUUGUGUUACAGUCCAAUGUAUGAUUUUGUUCCCUGAUAGAAUCACCUCGAGGUAUGUCCUAUUCUUGCUUAAGGGAGUACAAGUAUUUUAAACUUUAACCUCGCACCCUCCCACAUCUUCCUGCAGGGUGAAGCUCAGUGUAAAUGCGAGACACGUGUUUGCAAAUACUCAAUAAGAAAGAUGUUGGCCUUUUUCCCAAUCUUUUAUUUAUUGCACUGGGAAAUACACAUUCCAUUAUGCAAUAUUUCCCUACAUAGGCUAAACUGGAUGUCUACAUUUACCGGUCACAUUGUUUAAAUAUCAAGAUUUAAAGCUUCAUUUUUUUGUCCUUCAGCUAUUUCUAACUGCUUUUUGUAUUAGUUAUCAGGGUAAUUAGUGGUUUUGUUUCCUGAGACUAUCUGGUGUUCAUUCAAGCUACUGUACUACCCUCCCCCACACUCUACUGCAUUUAGCAGCCAGAUCUAUUUGUACAACAAGCAAGAGUUUAAACUACCAGUGAGGACUGACAUAGUUACAAUAAUCAGUGCUGUUUGGUCAUAGGGUGGGGGAGGUGUUUUGUGUAUCCUCUUCCACUGGAGCCAUGUAGCAGAUACUAUUGCAGAGUGGAAAAAAAUCAUUUUCCUUUUUUUUUCUUUUUUUUUUGUUGUUGUUGUGUGUGAUAGAGGAUGUAACCAGAGAGCUAUUUCAAAUAAUGCAAGGCAGCACUGUUUCAGGUUCUCCUUUGAUUUGAACCAGUCUGUCUUGAACUGCCUGAAUGCUAAGUAGCUUGAAAGCACAUGAACAAAUCAAAUGUUAGGACUGGUUAUAAAGAAUGGCUAUUCUUGCUGCUCAUUGAAGCAGGUUAUUUACUAGCAGUUAUCCAGAGGGCGUAAGGUUUCUCUGGGGAACUAGUGCUUUUGUUGAUUGAUAAUUAAGGGUCAAAUGCAUUCUACAGGCUGUGAACUCGUGUUUUUUUUUUCUGUUCCAUGACAUGAGAAAUCUUGCAUAUGAUAUGUUUAUAUUAUAUUUAAUUAAUUAUACACACACACAUACAUUCCAUAACCAAAAAUACAUACAUGUAUUUCAAUGUGAUAAACAUUUAAUUUCAAAUAUUGUUUACAAUAUUUAAAAGAUAGGUCUGUUAAAAACAAGUUAUGUGUGCACAAGCAUAUAAUGGAUUUACCAGAGUGACAGGUCUGUGGUAUAUUUAUUGGAUCCCUUGAAUCUUUAAGCAUUUGUUUUAAAGAGGGGAGGUAUUGGUACAUAUUAUGUGCCCCUUUAAUCAUACUCUCUAUUGACCUAGAAGCUCAUGGAUAUGUUUUGCUUGGUCUGUUUGUAGAUGACAUAGAUUGAAUGUAAUAUUUAAAAAUUGCCCUUUGCAAUUCUUUUUACAUUCUAACUCUAUAUCCAUUUUUUUUAUUUUUUUUUAGCAGUUUUCAAUAGGUGUGUUUCUUAAUCAACCUUAAUUGUCCAGAUAAAUUGCACUAAUCCAGUGAUCAUAAUGGCCCUGGUUAAAGAGUCAGUUCUUUAAGAUUGGAUUCAGUGGCUUCCUGGAAUGUGGGAGGUACUACCCUUUUGUAUUCCCUUUUAGCCUUUUAAUCUUUCAGCCAAAUGUUCACAUUGAACAAUUUUGUUUAGCUAGCACUCUGUACAUUUCAGUAUCUCAAAGCCUGCUGUCAUGGUAACAAAGAUCAUCAUGCUGUGGUUUCUCAAUGCUGCUAUCAUUUCUUCAGAGAUAAAAUAUGUAUGAGAAUUUGUUCAUUGUUGUAGCUUUAUUAAGGUCAUCGUAAAUUCAAUUGCCUAACACCUUUUAGUAGACCUCUCUAGUACUGAAAGGGUGCAGCGUUGCUUACCAUAAUAAUGGUGCAUUUACAAUUUGCCUCAAGCAAAUAUUUCCCUUUUUCAUUAUCAAAGUAAGAAGCAUAAAACUUCUUGAUACCAUAUUAUAGUUUUCCGAGUCCAAAUCAUACUUAAGAACCCAGUUAAGAUGAAUGAACUUAAAAAUAAGACUUAAAACCACUGGUAUUAUUAUUAUUAUUACAACUGUUGGAAAAUACAAUGAAUAAUAUAUCAGAGACAAUGAUCUAACUGUAUUAUUUAAUCCCUGUAGGUAAACAUGACUUGAGUGCUUGCCACAUAUAACACAUGUAGAGAGGAUGACAAAGUCUCUUUGGUUGUGUUGUUGUCAAGAAAGACUUUUAGCAAUAUAUACUGCUUGCCUCUGGGGCUUAGUGUUUAGAGUAAGUCCCAUAAAGCAGAUAGAAAUCCCAUUAAUAAUCUAUUCUUCAGUGCUAGAUCUGAGAAGGAAAGGCAUUUUUUUCCAAACAUUGCGAUUAAAUGUACUGCUUCAAAACCCUACUUGAUUCCUCAUGUAUGUCACAAUUCAUAAGCAUUUUUAUUUUUACAUUUCAAAAUUGGUGCACAUGCUAGAAUUUUUAGAGCCAGGCAUAUGAUUAAUUAAUUAAAUUGUAAUGUAAUCAUGAGAUGAACAAAUUAUAUUUUUUAUUCAAGUAUUUUCUUUCUCUCAGUUAAUGCAUUUAGUACAGUGCUCUAGAUAGUCUCUUUGAAGGUCAGUAAGAUGAGAUAGAUGAGAUAGAUCCUUUAAGUUGGGCAAUAAUCACAUUGAGACCAAGAAUCUACUGACAAGCUAAAUGUAACUUUCUUGUUAAAUACUUUGUCUAGAAGUUUAGCAAGGAAAUAAUUAAAAGUUGGGUCAAUUGUGGUGCAAAAAUGAUCAUUUACAGAGUUGUGUUUACAAGAUUUAGACACAGGAACCACAAUUGAUUUGUCUAUGACUUGUUUUAAUAGAUUACUUUUAAGAAACUGGCUUUCCUCACAUAUUAAAUGGAAUUUCCUGUAUGCAAUUGGUAUAAAACAAACACACAAUUUAUGUUUGCUUAAAAGUUCUAUAACUUUAUUACCAAGAACAAUUCUCUACUAUUUAUACAACAUGUGUACUUUGACCAACACUCAUCAAAAUAAUUUAUUUAUUUUGAAGGACAGGAAUUUGAACUACUUAAAGAAAGAUAUAUCACAUCACAGUGCUUCCUAAUGACGCCUGAAGUGUUUUUCUUUUUGUUUUUUGUACUUUCAGUGGCAUAUUGGCCAGAACCCCAAAAACAUUUUUAUUUCUUAAAUAUUAAAUGUAAUGAUUUUCUUUAAACACACUCUGUAUACAUUUUAAGAGCUAUUCAAUUAAGAACUGAACUAGUCUAGCAAGACUUACUAAUUCAUUAGUGGGCUUAAUUGUCUCUUUAAAAAAAAUCUUUAAAAUAAGGUUUAGUUUAUACAGAGUAAAGUAAAGGGCCGGAGAGGUCAUUUGCUGUAAUUGAAGGGCAAAGUAUUGAAGCUUGACAGCAGCUAGUUCUUAAAUUUACAUAAGCGAUUUAGCUGUUGAAUGCACUGCUAUAUAUGGGUGUCUAACAAUAAGCCCAGCUCAAGGAUCUUUUUUUUUUUUCAAUGGCAUGUUGUUGUAAUUAGGUGGUGGAAGGCUACUGCAGCUAAUCAAAUUGUUAAACCUUUUAAAAUAUAUUUAUAAACAUAAGUAUAUACACUAAAUUAACUAAACACAUUAACACAUAUAAUUCAUGGCUUGUUAAAUGUAACCUCUCUGACUUAAGUACAUGUUGUGCAGUUAUUCCUUAUACAAAAUGUAUUCUAUUUAUUAUAGAUUCAUAUUAGGUUCAUACAGCGCAGCCCUUGCCCUCGCCAAACAGUCAUACUUUUCCUCUCUCAUUAGUUCAUGCUCCCGCAAACCCAGACGUCUUUUUGACACCUUUAACUCUCUUCUUUGCCCUGCUGUGGUCACUCAUCAAACUAACCUUACAGCCGAAAGCUUUACAUGCUACUUUACCGACAAGAUUGAACAGCUAAGGAAAUAAUUCUUCCCACCAUGCCUUUCUCUUUCUCAACCACACAUUGAUCAUGCCUUUCCUACCCUUUAUACUUUCUCCCCGGCUACUGAACAAGAGGUGGCUGCGCUUCUCCUUUCCUCUCGCCCCACCAUUUGCCCGCUUGAUCCUGUCCCAUCUCACCUUAUCAGAUCUCUCUCCUCUAGUCUUGUGCCUUCCUUAGCACAUAUAUUCAACUGCUCUCUCUUCUGGCCUUGUCCUUGCUGACCUUAAAUAUGCCACUGUAGUACCUAUCCUGAAAAAAAAAAUCUCUCGACCCGUCCUUCCCCUCUAACUAUCGUCCCAUAUACCUGCCCCCUUUUUCCUCAAAACUCCUGGAAAGACUUGUCUUUAUCCAUAUGUCUCAAUCCCAACUCUCUCCUUGACCCUCUCCAAUCUGGUUUCUGCACCAUCCACUCUACUGAGACUGCUCUUAUCAAAGUUACUAACGACCUAAUCCCAGCUAAAUCCAAAGGCCACUACUCCAUUCUAAUUCUUCUUGACCUCUCUGUUGCCUUUGACACUGUUGAUCAUGGUCUACUUCUUCAUACGCCUCAAUCACUCCGUCUCUGUGACUCUGUCCUAUCUUGGUUUUCCUCUUAUCUCUCCCAACGCUCAUUCAGUGUCUCCUUUUCUAAUGAUACCUCCUCCCUUCAUCCUGCCUCGGUGGAGUCCCCCAAGGCUCUGUCCUUGGUCCCCUUUUGUUUUCUCUUUAUACUGCCUCUCUUGGCAAACUUAUUACUUCAUUUGGAUUCCACUACCACCAAUAUGCUGAUGACACCCAGAUAUAUCUUUCCUCCCCGGACCACUCCCCUGCUGUCCUGCAACGUGUCACUGCUUGCCUUUCUUCCAUCUCUGACUGGAUGUCCUCCAGCUUUCUGAAACUAAAUAUCUUAAAAACUGAGCUCCUUAUCUUUCCUCCUCUUAAUACUGAUCCUCAUCUUUCCUUCUCCCUUCAAGUUAGUGGUAUCCACAUCAGUCCAUCCUUGCAAGUGCCUGUCUUGGUGUCCUGCUUGAUUCUGGCCUCACCUUUGAGCCUCACAUCCAGCAUGUUACCACGUCCUGUAGAUUCCAUCUUAAAAACAUAGCUCACAACCACCCCUUUCUUACUCAAGAAGCUACUACGGAGCUUGUCCAUGCUCUAGUAAUUUCUCGCAUGGAUUAUUGUAACCCUCUCCUAAUUGGUCUUCCCAAAAACCGUAUUGCCCUGCUACAGUUUGUAAUGAAUGCUGCUGCCAAACUGAUUUUCCUCUCUAGUCGGUCCUCUCACACCUCACCCAUCUGUUAGUCCUUACAUUGGCUUCCUGUAUCAUAUAGGAGUCAAUUCAAAGUGCUAACCCAUACCUAUAAAGCAUUGACCAAUUCUAGCCCCUCUUAUAUCUCUUCACAGAUGCCCCUUCUCGAUCUCUCUGCUCUGCCCCUUCUCCUGUUCACUGAUCACACACGUACGGCCAACUCAUGCUUGCAGGACUUCUAGCGGGCGGCUCCCUUCCUAUGGAAUAGUCUUCAAUCAUUUAAGAAGUACCUUAAAACCCAUCUCUUUAGUAAAGCUUAUGGCCUCCCAGAGUAACUUCUGCUUCAUAUACCUGUCUCUUGAUCUCUCCUAAAGGGCAGCGCUCUCCUCUCUCCUCCAGCUCUGAUUCACUCCCACCUUAUUUCAUUGCUAUUUCUGGUCCUAUUGUGUUUUAUACCCCACCUCCUAUAGACUGUAAACUCGUUUGCGCAGGGUCCACUUCAACCCAAUGUUCCUGUAAGUUUUCUUGUAAUUGAACUAUUUAUAGUUAAAUCCCUCUUCUUAUAAUAUUAUAAAGUGCUACAGAAUCUGUUGGCACUAUAUAAAUGACAAUAAUAAUAAAAUAAUAAUAUGUCCCUGACUAUAAUACUAUUACUAAAGUAGUAUAUUGCCUGGGUUUUUAUCACUUGUGGCCUUUAAUGUAUAAAUAAAUAUAUUCAACGUAGUGAAUCACUAAUGGGACAUUUCAAAUAAAAAUUUAAAUUUUCUGUUGUUUUUUUUCUUAAACAGUUUUAUCAAGACAACCUUGAUAAAUAAAUAUUAAAUAGUACAGUGUCUUGCCAUACAACAUCCACACCUCAAAAUGGAUUAAAUUUUCAACAAAGGAUUCAAAUCAUCAUAAUGUCUACUUCACUCUCAUAAUGCCACAUGUGAUCUUGAAAUGUGACACACUGUCACUUUUAGAUUUCAACUAUUCUUUCUUCAGGAUUUUAUUACCAGUGUCCUGCUAUUACGUAAACAGUAUGGGGGAGGGGAAAGGGUAAUGGCAUAUGUAAAAACACAGUGUUUUGGGUUUGUAAUCGAGCAAUUGGCAAUAUGCCUGAUAAAAAUUUAAUGUUUGUGCACACUUUAUGUUCCUACUCAGCAGACUUACAUUUUAGUCACUCAUCCAUUACAACUGUGACCUGCCGGCAUACAAGCUUUGAAAAGGAAACAUCAUCUGGCCUUUUGUUUGAGGUCUUUUAUUGAGGCUAAUGACUGGUCUUGUGCCACCCAGAGAUAAAUGACAUUAUCUCUGAGUGGUGUGACAGGCAGCAGACAUGCUAAUGGUAAAGCUACAGGGAAGGUUUUUCAUACUUCUAAGGAAAGAGCAAAAUAGAUACAUUUUUAUGUGACCUAUACCAUGCCAGUUCCUAUAUAUCUGUUUUAUAUACAGUAUAUUUUUUUCGAUACUAACUUUCUGUUAAGAGUUUGGAAGUGUAUAUUUUUUGUAAUAAACAGAUUUGCUCUUGUUGUGAUGUUUUUUUAGCAAGUUAAAUUUGUGCCAACAUUUAUUCACAAGCAGGGUAAUUUGUUACAUUAUUUUUUCAAGAUUAGCAUGUGUUACUUGGUGUUAUCAAGAUUUAUCUCCUUGGACUUUGCGAAAUAGAUAAGGCCUUUAUCACCUUAAAAAAAUAUUUACUGGUUUGUUUCAGAAACCCAUUUUGCACUCCAUAAUAUCAAUAAUAAGAACAAUAAAAAAGUACAAUUUACUGCUGAAAAAGGGUUGAUUUCAGCAGUCUCACUCACAGGUUCAACUUUUACAUAUUUGUAGUAAUAUCUUACUCCAUUUAGACUAACCACUGUUUACCACUAAUUACCUUUUUUUACAGUGAUUUUAAGUAUUUUAUGUUUUAGUCAUUAUAUAUUCUGGAUAUAAACCAAAAAAAAACAACCCACUGACACAGCAUAGUGUUUGUUCACAAAAGACUAUGCUUGCCGCCUUUUAGAUUGUAUACUUGUGUCUUCUUGACAUGUAGUUAGUAUUUUUAUUGUUAUUUAUAAAGUGCUAUCAUAUUCGGCAAACAAAGUAAAUUUUAUGUUAAACUGUCCCUUAUUUGCUGAUAGAUUGAAGAUGCAGAAAAAUUGUGUAAGGAUGGGUCCUGUUUUCUCCUCCUGGGAUCCUAUGCACAUUUUUUAGAAUAAGUUCCAGCAACACUAAUUUACCCCGAGUUGACUUUGUUAGAUGUUAAAAACUGUUUCCCACAUCAGUAUCACAAUGUAAAAUGAGAAGAUUUAUAUAAAAAAAAUCAAAUUGUAAUACUUAUUUUGGGUGGUUUAAUGAAACUUCAGAAAGAAAGAAAGAAUCUUCAGAUGGUAAAUAUAUGUAUGUAUGUAUGUAUGUGUUAUAUGUGUGUGCAUGCAUGUAUGCUUAAAUACAGACAGUUUGUAAUGCAUUGUAUUCUAUUCAGACCUUAUGGACUCUGAACUGUAAUUCACUUACACCCUUCCCCCACUGUGAGAACCUGUGCUGUCUAUUGUAGGGUGGCUGAUCUAUCUUGUUCAUCUUAGUUUACCACCAGCAGGGUUGUGAAUGUUCCUCUAUUGUAAACUGUUUAGGGGCCAAAAUUGUCUGAUUGCAUUUCAAUUCACACAUAGUAGUUCUGGUAAUUGGAACAGUAUGCUUUACGUUUCAAUAAAGGGAUGUAAUUCUAUUCAGAUGUAAACACUCUCAUGACAACUAGAAGUUAGUAGUAUUGUGAGUUUUUGAACAUUAUUUUCUAAUAAAAGGAAAUAUUACGUAUAAAGUCUACAAUACAUAUAAUAUAAUUGUAUGUAUUUUCAGGAGAAGGUCUGUUAGGAUUUUUUUUUAUGCCUUUAUUAUUAAUAAGCGUUUUACAACUAUUUGAUUAGAUAAACAGGAUCAAGAGGGUAGAUUCCAACUCUUGGAUGAGUAGUACUUUCACCAUCUUCCACGUUCUACUAACAUCAAUUUUUAAAACAAAUAACACAUUUAUUCCUUGCAUUGUUGGAAUUAGUUAAUGGAAUUUAGUCUGCCACAUGUAGCAAAACUAAACCUGGUAAAAAAAAAAAGCUAGGGACAAUUUAUAAGUCCAUGGUAGAUGAAAUUGAUAUUGAUAAUGUGGAAGUGUAAUGUCUGCAUUAUCAAGUUUAUGUGGCAGGGAGGAUCACUUUAUUUUUCAAACUUAUAUCAACUGGUUCGAGGAAAGAAAUUAGAUGAACCCUACAGCCUUUGGCGACAUUACCACUAUACUUUAUCUUUUUUGGUUAUGUUACUUAGACUGCCCAUUUCAUAUUAAAGGCAAGUCAUUUACAUCACCCAUCAUAGGUAGAUAACAUGUAAAGCUAAGGAUAUUUUUGGGACCUUUUAGUAAUAAAUAUUAUAUAUUAUGUAUCAGCCCACAACGUGUUGACCUUUCAUAAUUCUGUUGAAGUGAUUUUCUGAAAACAUUGUUUGAUCCAUUAAAAGCUCCCCAUCAAAGGGAGUCUAUUUGAAAACUCAAUAAAUGAGUAUACCUCGAAAGUGAAUAUUUAAAGGUUUUCCUUAAAAUAUGCUAUGCAUAAUAUCCAGGUUGGGUUAAAUAUAUAUAUAUAUAUUGCAAAAAUGUCUUAUAGUAUACAUAAAGAAAAAUUAUUUUGGUAUUAUAAUUGUCUCUUACCCAAAUAUGCGACACUAAUUACGUAAGGGCUUUGAGACAAUUGAUCUGAACCUUUGAAGGGUUAAACUGAGUGACUGCUGAGAAUCAGAAAUUCUUGCUCUCUGCAGUGACCUUUGAAAAAGCAAACAUGAAUAUGCCUAAGGGUUAACUACGUAAUAUUCGAUUUAGCAACCUGCAGGGUCAUUUUACAAAGUAUACAGCCAGACCAAAUUAUUUUUGGAUUUCCUUUUACCUCCUUGGCUGCAUAUUUCUGGAUGGCUCAUGUUAAAAAGCAAUAAUGAUGUUUGAAUUGGAAGGGUUUGGCCUUUGGGUUUUCAUUCUUCAUACUGAACUGUUUGUUUGUGUGUGGUUCACCGCACUACAUGGAUAACGCUAUCAAAUCUGGGCUGUAUUAUAGGCUUAUAACUGCAGAGCAGCAGCACGUUUCUUGUUGUGUGUUCUGCCUGGGAAUCUUUUUUUUGCCAGUCCUAUCUUAGAUGUAAAUAAAUCGAAAAGUUAAAGCUAUUACCGUUUUUGUGAAAGAGUAAAAAAGAAGCCAUGAAGGGCUUUAAAUAGAUUAUUCUACAUUACAAAACAAGGAUUUUUUAUGCAGGCCCAUCAUUGAGUUGACUUUAUGUAGGUUGGCUUCACGUAAUGUGAGAAAUUAGCCAACUCCAUGAUGUUAGUCUUUGUAUGGACGGUUGUAGAUAUACAGAAUAGUUUAUUAUUUAUUAAGGGUAAGACUUAAAUUUAUAUAUAUAUGUAUAUGUGCGCUAUUUUGGGUGGUUCACCGUCUUCAGAUGUUAAAUAUUUAUUUGUGUGUGUUGUAUAUAUGUGGGCAUGCAUAUAUGUAUUUAUAUAUAUACACACACACAAACUGUAUUCAUUGUAUUCUGUCCAGAUCUUAUAAUAUAUACAUAUUAUAUUGUAAAUAUGGUAUACAACAGUAAUAUUCUGUGAUUCUUCGUGUUUUACAUUUUCAUAAUUUCUGUGUACAAAGUCAAGUUAACAUUUCAGUCUAUCUUUUCCUCCCUCCCCUUCCCUCAGCAUCCAGAGUGUGUAUAUGCAUGAUAAGCUGGCAAUAUUGUCCAGUCACAGGCUUCUCUAUGAAAAUCCCCUGAUUGGACCACAGUCACCCCAAGUGACGAUGAAGGGGACACGGAAAAGCAGUAGUGGAAGCUUUGCCUGGCUUAAAAGUAAAACCUUUUUUACAGGUUUUACUGAGAAUUGAGAGUGAAUACCGUUCCCAUGGUGUCCAGUAGGGCAUCUUCCACUAGAAAGGUCCCCGCUUUAUAGUAACCCUUUAAACCCUUUUGUUGUUAUUAAGUGUUCUUGCAUAGCAAGAUCACUUAAUGUUAUCUCACAUAUAUAUUAUUAUUAUUACUAGAAAAGCUACAAUUUCUGGAGAAAUUGUGUGAAGUGUUCUUGCCUCCACCAGUAGUCUACAACUGGAGUGGGCGGAGUAACUGUUAUCAUUUAUAUAGCACAUUUAAUUGCAACGUUGUUGCACAGUUACAUUAAACCAUACAUUUAUAAAAACAUUAGCAGGUGUUCAAAAGGCCCUGUCUAUGACAUCACUUGCUGCUGCAGCCUUGACACAGGUCAGAGUAUUUUGGCGGUUGCCAUCUUCAAACGGUCGUAUUUUAAAAACUAUAAAUCCUACAGCGAAGAGCUUUAUAUUGUGAGAAUCACAAGACCCAGACCUACAUUUUGAUGCAUAUGUCUCUGAAGUAUUAAAAAUGAAGGCACAGUCGCAGUUUAGAAAUUGCACUUCAAAUUUGAGCUUUGUAGAGUGAAGUUUCAAUGAAUGUCAAUGGACGGCGUUAGUUGCAAACAAAUGAUUAUAUUGUGAAAACUAUCAGGACUAUGGCUUAGCCGUUGACAUGUUUAGUGGCAGCAGGGAUAGCUGAACGUUUUGAUAUAAGAUUUGUGUAGCUGGGCCUGAAAAUAAGGGAGUGGUGGCAGUUUAGAAAUCAUGUCCUGAUUUUUCAGCUUUUGCCAGCUCCCACUCCAGCUUUGCCAUUCAUUCCUAUGGGACAAAUUUCGCCACAAGAACGACAAUAUUCCGUGAACCAUUCGGCGGAACGUUCCACAAAGUAAUAACAAUCCGAUCGGGAACAAUCUGCACGUUUUGGUAAAUUUUUGUCUAUGUAGUGUAAAAACUGUGGGAGGAGUUAGGGUGGCAAAUUUGGCUAUAAUAAGAAAAAGAAUAAGAAUAUAUAUGUGAGAUAACAUUAAGUGGUCUUGCUAUGCAAGAACACUUAAUAAAAAUAUAUAUGUGAGAUAACAUUAAGUGGUCUUGCUAUGCAAGAACACUUAAUAAGAAUAUAUAUGUGAGAUAACAUUAAGUGGCUUUGCUAUGCAAGAACACUUAAUUAUUAUUAUAGCCAAAUUUACCACCCUAACUCCUCCCACAGUUUUUACACUACAUUGACAGUAAUAUACCGAAACGUGCGGAUUGUUCCCGAUUGGAUUGCUAUUACUUUGGGGAAUGUUUUGCCGAAUGGUUCAUGGAAUAUCGUCGUUCUUGUGCUGAAAUUGGUCCCAUAGGAAUGAAUGGCAAAAUGUUCAAAACUAGAGUGGAAGCUGGCAAAAGCUGAAAAAUCAGAACAUGAUUUCUAAACUGCCACCACUCCCUCAUUUUCAAGUCCACCUACACAAAGCUUAUAUCAAAACGUUCAGCUAUCCCUGCCACUAAAAGUGUCCACGGCUAAGCCAUAGUCCUGAUAGUUUUCACGAUAUGACCAUUUGUUUGCAACUCAUGCCGUCCAUUGACAUUCAUUGAAACUCCACUCUAGCCAGCUCAAACUUGAAGGGCAAUUUCUAAACUGCGACUGUGCCUUCAUUUUUAAUACUUCGGAGACAUACUAUGCAAAAUGUAGGUCUGGGUCUUGUGAUUCUCACAAUAUAAAGCUCUUCGCUGUAAAAUGUAUAGUUUUUAAAAUACGACCAUUUGAAGAUGGCAACCGCAAAAAUACUCUGACCUGUGCCAGGCUGCAGCAGCAAGUGAUGUCAUAGACAUGGCCUUUUGUACACACGCUAAUGUUUUUAUAAAUGUAUGUUUUAAUGUAACUGUGAAGCACUUUGGUCAACAACGUUGCAAUCAAAUGUGCUAUAUAAAUAAAUAACAGUUACUCCGCCCACUCCAGUUGUAGACUACUGGUGGAGGCAAGAACACUUCACACAAUUUCUCCAGAAAUUGUAGCUUUUCUAGUUUUAACAUUGUUUUCACACCCCUUUAUCAUCUCAAAAGGUUAAUCUCUAUAGGCUUAAUUUGUUUUUCCAUUUCUCAUUAGUUUGUUCUGAGGCUUACACACAGUCUAGCACAGUAUUGAAUUGCUCUUCAUUUAAUUUAAACUGCAGGCCAAGUCCUCUCUUAGGUUCCCAUCCCCCUUUCUCCAUCAGUUAGAAGUCAUUGUUUCCUAGCUGUAUGCUGUUAUUACUCAGAUGUGACUGACAGAGCUGCAUGGAGUACAGUGAAGCAUAUUCAUUUUCAUCUAGUACCCGUUUAUUGCCUUGAGCACUGUAAAUCUGUCAGCUCUUCACCAUACUUUCACCUCUUUCUUCAUUUACUCAAGCUCCUAGUUUGACAACAUUUCCCCGAGGCAGAAUCCUAAUCUGCUUCCAAUUAGUUGCAAAAUGUGACUGAAAUUUCCACAUGAUAACCGCUGUUUUACUUGCACGCACCUAUCUAGAAAUACAAAUUAAAAUGUUGGAAUAUUUAUUUUUUAGGGAGCCCUCAGAUUAAUUUUCCAUGAAAAAUUCUCAGCUGCUUUCAAGUGACUUCCAUAGCUUCCAUCUCUGAUUUCUGCUCAACUCUUAGAUGUUGAAAAGAUUUAAAAUGCUUUUGAACCGACAAAGCUUUCCGAUCACUCAGUUGAUUAAGCUGUAUCAUCCAUGCAUAAUUCGAGUACAAAUCAUUGUGCCGCAUGUCUUGAUCAAAGGGCUUUACGUAAUAAAAACAGUGAUAAUUUUGAUUUAUUGCCUAGAUACUAUAUCCAUGUAGAUAUUAUAGCUAGGUACAUUACUGAACAUAGUUCAGCAAGUUAGUGUUUCAUAUAUCUGACCAUUCAAAGGGUUUGACUGAUUCGUAGUUUGAGUUUCAGCUUAAUUUAAUUUCCUUUUACAUAAGGCAUUACUAUAUGUGUUUUAUAAAUGUCAUAUUUUAAAGUGUUAAUGUCAAAAAAGUAUUUUGUAUUUAUGUUGUGCACAUGUAAGUGUUUGGUGGAAAUUUCUAUUUGCUAAGAUACUAUCAAAUAACUGUAUUAAUAUCUAAGUAUAUGAACAUAUGUUCUAAAUUAUUUUUAAAAAUCACGUCUCCUUCCUAGACCUUUUCUCUUUUUUACUUUUCACCAAAUCCUAGAUUAACUUAGUACUCAUAAACUAUAAGACAAAAAGGUUUCUGAAUGAAGAACGUUUAUAGAGGAAAAUUGUAAACAUGGUGCAAUCGAUGGAAACCAACUGAAAAAUAAUUUUGGAACUUUUAUUAACUAGAAUACUGUAAAGCUUGACUGUUCAGUGUUAGAUAUUAUGUAUGUUUUAUUAAAUCCACUUUAGGCAUCAAAGAAAAUGACAAAAUAUUGACCUUGUGUUUUUAUUGGCAAGCUAUACAAAAAUACAUGCCUUAAUAUUUAUUCAUAAGUGUCUGGGGUAUAGUAGAAAACCUAUACACGUUCUAUAUUUAUUAAAACCAAAGCCAUCAAGGUCACCAAAGCUUUUGAAUUUACAGUCCAUUAUGAAUUGAUACAGAUUGUAUUAUUCAUAUCCUAAAAUAUGUACUGAUACUAGAUGCGGGUGGCCAGUUAUUAUACAAUGAUAUAAUCCACAUGGAAAUUGGAAAAUUCUGGAAAAUGGUUACAUACUAGUAUAGGCUGAAUAUAACUCUCUAUAUACAAACUAGUGAUGUGUAAUGAUGGACAGUGUAGAAGAAGUAACUAUAAUAAAUAUGUGUAGAAGAAGUAACAGGAUUGGUUAGACCAACUUCGUUUCUGGAUUCCAUGAUUUUAUUACUACCUGAAAAUUGUUUAUAAAAUUAUACAUUUAGUAUGCCAGUGCUCAUAUGUUCAUUUAAUAUAAUUUAAAAUUUAUAUCAUUCAAUUAAUAUAUAUAUAUAUAUAUACACACACACACACACACACACACACACACGUGUGUGUGUAAUUUAUAGUGCCUUGUCCAGUUGCUAGCAUGCAUAUCUAUUCACAUAAACAAACAAGUAGUCACUCUUUAUGGCUAAGCACCUGUUCACGCUUUAAAAAAAACAAACAGAUUUUACUGAUUCCAUGUGUAGCUCCCAUCAGGGGGUUAUGAGUACUGUGAAUGUGUCCUGAAAAUGAGGCUGUCUGUAAAAGGCUUCUCAGCAUAAGCUAAGUGUGGGGGAGGGUAGAACAAACAAAAGCAGCAGAAAAACUCAAUGAAACACUAGUUCACUGAUCUGGCAUGAGAAACCUUUUUAAGGGUUGUGUGCUUAUGUUUUUUAUUUUUUAUAUUUUACUAUAAGCCAGUACAAAAAGAGAUAGAUUACAAUCCAGUAUAGUAACACUACAUUUUAGAGUGUUUCUACCAUAUUGUGGUUUUAUUCAACUACUAUAGUUACUGGUUUACUCCUAUUGUAAAUCAACCUCCAGCUUUAUAUCUGAACCAAUUAUACCAACCGUUCAGACUACUGUUGGUAUAACGUCCUUUGUUAGUGUCUAUACACAUAAUAGGGGAACUGCACCAGGUUAAUGUUUGACUUGCAUACAGCAAGUAUAAAAUUAGGACAUAUGUUGAAUACAAUCCAGCCCAUCUGACGUCUAGCACAGUUUCUAUACUGAUUAACAAUUGGUUACCAAAACAUGCAGGUCGGUAUGGGAAGUGUGUUUUUGUGGUGUGUGUAAGUCUCAAUUAAUUUUUGUUUAAUCAUUGUUCAAGCUGUUAUCUGUCACUCAUUAUGUAAAAUAAAGUUCUCCUUUUUUUUUUGGGGGGGGGGCAGGGGGAGGAGGAGAGAAUACAUCUGCAGAUUGGAGAGUGUUAAUAAGCAUCACUGUCCCUUCUGUGCCCUGAAAAAUGAAUGGCAUGUUAAGCUUCUGGAGCCAAAAUACAGUCUGAGAAAAAUAUUCAUUGCUCUAUUUUUUAACUGAGGUGCAAAGCACUUGCUAAAUUUGUAAGUGUAAAUCUGUGGUGAAGCUUAACAGUCUUAGGCUUACCUGACUGAUGUUAACAUUAACAGCACACACGCAGAUAUGUAUUGCAGCAAAUGGAUUAGUUACGGAUUACUUGUAGACUGGAGACCCAUGAAAGAAUAUGUGUAGGAGCAGUGAUAUGCUGCAUUGCAACAUUUUUAAAGAAGCAUUUGUUGCCAUUAAAUGUUUCAUUUCUUUAAUAUUUGAAGCACCCAAGUAACAAUUCUUAAUGUAUAGAGAUCAUUGGAAGUAUAUACUGACCUGUCCCAUUUGUGAUGGCGAAUUCUAGUGUUAGUAUUGUUUAUCUUGUGUUCUUGUUAUAUGUUACACAUGUCUAAGGCAUGUAUUGAAAAGUGAAUCUAAAUGUAAUAGCAUAGUCAGACAUAAAAAAUAAAUAGCCUCUAAUUUUUAAACUAUCUCUGUCUAAUUAUAAAUACCUGCUACGUAUAAAGUAGAGAAUAACACUUUUUUUUGCGGCAGAGAGUUUUGGAAUUCAGGGUCAGACAUUGCCAGAGGCUUGUUUUUGCUUAAGCAUGAAUAUUAUUUUCAUACCUAUUCAUGUAGGUUUGACUCAUCAUUUAUUAAAUCUUUCCAAUACCAUCCCUUUCUAAAAAAAAUAAAAAAAAUAAAAAUCCAGAUGUCCCUUUUUGGUUGCAGAAAUCAGUCAGGGAUAAUUGCAAAAGUGGGAAUUUAAAAUGUUUGGAUAUAAUACCCAAACAAAACAAACUGACUGAUUUGGAAGGGUUUGCUUUAAAUUUCACUUGUAUUAACAGCAAUUCUUACUUGCUUAUUCAUUUACUACUUCUGAACGUUGUUUAUUAUUGAGCAUGUUGUUCAUAAGUAUGCAACAUAACUCCAUAUACUAUAGUAUUUAGAAAUAGAUUAAAUAGAUUAAAUAUUUGAAUUGCAUUAUAUUUAGGUAGAUAACUUUAUUUGAAUUUUUAAACAAACACAAAAUUUGUAUGAAAACACAGUGUGUUAAUUUACUUUUCAAUGUACAUUUAUUUCCCACAAGCUAAUAAUAGAAACAUUAUAUCUUGGUUCAAUGUAUAAGGGAAGAGGUAUCACAAAUUCUAUUGCAUUUUUAUAUUUGUCUUUUUGCCCCUUUUGGCAUUCAAAUGGAAAUUGCUUCCUGACUGAUGUAUCCUCACUUCGAAGGUAUAAUUUCUUUAUUCCAUUCAAAAAUAACCAAGAGACUUUUACAGUUCAAGCAGAAUAUGUCUCUUAUGCAAUUUGCAGUAAUUGACUGAGUGACUCCAAGUACUUUAACAGAGUAAAAGCACAUUUUUCCCCAUUAUUAUUCUGCAGGCAAAAGCCACUGUGCUUCUGAGAAGCAUUAAAUGCUUUUGUUGACAGCUUACAGUUUUAUAAACUCUAAAUGAGCUUAUUGCCUUUUAACCAUCAUGAGUACUAAAUAAUAGAAAAAGCUAUGAGCCUCUAGAUUGGAUGAUGGCCAAACACCUACAACAAGAAGAGGGGGUGGGAGUGAGAAAGAGAAAAAAUGGAAUAGUUUAAUUGUAGAGCAAAUCAUUUGUUUACAGAUUAAGAUGUAGUUGGUAGCCAACUGUUAUGGACAAAGAGGUGAAAGAACAACCCUCUAACUUACAGGAAAUGGUUGUCUGGCUUUAGAUGUGGUCCCUGUUGUGAUAUUGCUCCUUCCUUGCACAAGGCUGGCUGGAGUGGUGAAUUGUAAGAGCCUUAUUUCUAAGCUUUAUGUGUCCCUUAAAAAUCACAAAAGGUCUUGGGGGAGGGUAGCAAGCUGGUUUGUUUAUGCUGUUAGACUGAAACCAGAUAAGCUUAAGUUACUCGCAGCAAUAGUACACCAGUUAUUUGGAAAAUGACUUCUUUUGUUCAACUGUCCGAAUUAAGACAAAAAAAAAAGGUGAGAGAUGAAUGCUUGUGAAUGUGAACACACACAAUGCAAUCUCUAAAUAGGUCUUUUUCAUAUAUAUGUGUCUGAAGAGAGUUAAGAGAGCUGAGAGAUGUCCUUAAAACAUACUGUCUGACUAUUAGGUGCUUUUUUUAAAUAUCUUGGACCACAUUUUUACUAAGUGUGUGUCUGUUUUCACAGCUCUUGGUUGUUGAAAAAAAUCCGAUUUCUACGUUUAAGUUUGCCUAUGAAUAUUUAUUUAUUUAUUUAUAAAAUAUUUUACCAGGAAAGAUACAUUGAGAUUUCUCUCGUUUUCAAGUAUGUCCUGGGUCCACAAAUCAUUGCAUUGUUACAUUAGGUACAACAAAAUACAAAAAUAAUAUUAAUACACAAUAUAUACAAAAUUUAACACAGAACAGGCAGGAAAUAUAUAAUCAACCAUGACACGUGCAUUCUGUUUUGAGGUAUGAGGGAUCUCUUAAAUGACUUUAGGCUUAGGGAAGAUUUUAAAUUGUGCGGGAGGUCGUUCCACAAUUGCGGUGCUCUAUAGGAGAAGGGGGAUCGGGCCGCUUUCUUUUUGUAUUGAGGUAGACUAAGCCAUAUAUAUAGAGAGAGAUAUGGCUCACCUAAAAGUUGAUUCAGACACACAUCUUGCUUUAGGUAUGAAUGGGCAGGGAUUAUGUGCAUCUUUUAAUGUUUACAGACUAUUUUUGUGUUUAUAUGGAAAAUUCUUGUAAAACUUGAGAACAUGAGAGUUUCUAGCUGUAUUUUUACAAGGAACAUUACACUUUUUUCUGGCUUGAGGAAUUUUAAGUUCAUGCUACGUGAAGGCUUCUGUCAAAAAUAUUAUUAUUAUUAUAAUUACUGAUAUUUAUAUAGCGCCAGCAUAUUCCAUAGCACUUUACAAUAUUAUCACAGGGGGAAAUUUAACAAUAAAUGAGACAAUUACAGUAUGUAUAUCAGUAAAAAAGUAAUACUGGCAAUUCUUUGCAUUCUCUUUUUGUAGUUAGAGCAUUUCUGGCCAAUACACAGUGUGUGUCUUGUUAUUCUAUAGUAAAUAUACAAAACUGGAAGAACUUUGUAUCUGUACUGGGCAAAUGUUAUCUUGAAGUGUUGCAUGGUCAAUGCACUGCUGAUUAAUAUUCACUUCAUAAAUAGAAAUUAUAUUCCCCACCCCCCCCUAAUUUUAAUAUACAAUCAGAGGUUGACAAACAUUAAAAUUUUUUAUAGUGACUGUACUUGGUGUUUCAGUUGCCCUGAUAAAGGUGCAUUGGUUUACUGUGUUUUCUUUUUUUUUUUGUCAUUGAAGACAUUUGGUAGUAAACAUAUUCAGUAUUCAUGUGCUGAUCCCACCCAUCAUGAGUGUGUGUGUUAAUGUGUGUAUGUAUGUGUAUGUGUGUGUAUAUAUAUAUAUAUAUAUAUAUAUAUAUAUAUAUAUAUAGUAGACAAUCAACAAGGAAGGCUGCUCUCCGGAUUUAAAACAAGAAAAUUUAUUCAAACAUAUUUAAAAAAACUACGACCAACGUUUCGGUCCCCGCUCGGGACCUUCCUCAGGGUCAAAAAACAGAACAACAGAACUGACUUCCUUGUUGAUUGUCUACUACAUGCCUUGGAGCUCUGGUGGUGCGCCCGGUCUUGGACCUUAUUGUAAGCGUGAGUGCAGGGGAUAUUUGGAUUUUUAUAUAUAUAUAUAUAUAUAUAUAUAUAUAUAUAUAUUAUUAAUGUUAUUUUUUUAUCUGAUCAAUAUUUUUUUUCUUUAGACCAUUCCAUAUUAAAUGCAUGGUUCAAUACCUUUGGCACCUGUCCUGUUUCCAAUCCAAAUGCUUUGGUUGAAUUGAGAUUCUUGAAUCUCUGUAUACUAAAUGAAAAAUAAGAUAUGCUAUUCUUCUCCACUGAGUCUGACUCCUAUAAUUUAAAAAAAGCCAUAGUGCUAUUCUUCUCCACUGACUCCUAUGAUUUUAAGAGGUCAUAGUACUCUGUAGUGGUGAAGCUUAUACGAAAUAAAAGCCAUGCUAAAAUCACUGUGUAAAACAUUAAAAAUGGUAUUCAUUUUUGGAAUAUCAGUAGAUGUUGAAACAGUAUGGUAGUAACAUUUUUACAAAGAAAGAAUGGGUCACUAAGCUGAUAUUAUAUAUAAAAAAAUAACCACUAUCUAUACAAACAUAUACUGUUUUGACAUGUACUGUGUAUGUAGUGUGUUUUAUUUCAUCAAAUUUAAAAUUUCUACUUUCCAUCAUUUUACAUACUCCCUCUCUUAGAUAGGAAACCUGUGUUGGGGAAAAAUUGAAAACUGUUGAUUAAAGGGGUGCUUGAAGCACCACAACCACUGCAGCUUAUUAAUCAAGCCUGUUUAAUUCUGUGUAUUUACUGUUAGUUUUAUUGUUCAUUUGUGAUAUAUUUAACAGCAUGAGUAAAUAAGAAACAGAGAGAUUAAUGGAAAAGCAAAAUGUAUAUGUAACUAGAUUAAAAAGGUCACAUCUUCAAGAAGGGGGCAUCUGCUGCUUCAGCUGGCUGUCCUUAUUUCUGUUAUUCGAGAUGCAUCAUAAGUUUUAAAAAAAAAAUAUGUAAAAAGAUAUGUAAUGAUUUUUGUACCACUUAAUCUGAUGGUACUACCAGAAUUUAAAAGUCUUUUAUUUAUAGCUUUGCCACUGAAUAAGAGACAUGGAGUCACCCAGUCAUGCAUAUAGACCUUAGGUAUAAAUAGUUUAUUAAGUCUGAGAAAUAGAAUGGCAAUUAGCUUUUAAAGCCUCUGAAUCUUUCAUAGUAUGUUGUUUAAAACUGAUACUCCAAUGUCCUUAUAUGUUGCACUGAAGUAUAAAUGAAAUCAAUUCCUCACAGUCUAAAUUUAUUCCCCUCUAUAAUUAUAUGUGCAUACUAAACAUAUUUUUAUGGCACAGUAUUUUCACAAAUGUGGUGUAAAUAUUGAAAUGUUAAAUUUGAUCAAAUUUAAAAUUGUCCAUCUCUUAAAAUACAUUGAAUAAUAUUGCCCCAUCAAGAUUCUUAAACAUAAACCAUAAUUAGCUUUUCCACUAUUAAACUAUGAUUUGUUUUGUUUUACAUAUUUCAUGGAUUUAUGUAUACAAGGACAGAUUAGCAGAUUAGCAGACAGAUUCAAAAUAUGCAAUUCUGCAAGGAGUCAUCUCAGUCAUGACGAGCACUAUUUACAAUUAAUAAUUCAAACAAAGCAAAGCACUCAUUUAGUGAAGAUCAUAAGAUCUGGAGUAAUGUUCUUAGGUGCCUUCCAAUCUCACAUUGUAAAGUAAAAGGCUGAGCUCCAUUAUUAUUUUGAGAAUCCACAAAAUACUAGAAACGAAGGAGCCACUAAACAGGCACUAUAAUUUUAGGAAUACAAACCUGCUAGAUUGCAAUUAGCUUUAUAUAAGUCCCACCUUUCCCGUUCGAUAAAUUAAAGUUUCAUGAAUUUUUUUCAAAUGCCAAGGCUCCCUUGGUGCUCACCUCUCCUCCUUCUGUGCUGUUACAGAGGAGGUAAGGCCUCCUCCACAAUGGUCCAAUCCAAUUGUCCUCAAAGAAAGCAAACAAAAGCAUUUUUGACUUAUUUUUCUUGCAAGCUUCAGUCACCUUUCAAGUUUGUCUGGCCAAUCAAACACCUUUUCCUCUUGAAUAUCAAAACAACAUUAGGAUAAUACUCUGGAGCCUUAGGAGGCAAGAAUUCAUUUCUUUUUCAUGUCAUAUUAAAUGAACCAUACUUAAAAAAGGCUUUUGUUGCAGCUGCAACAUUGCUGUAGUCCAGUACAAACCGUCUGUUUAGUCCAAUAUGAAAGAAGUCUAUAUAAAUCCAACAAAGGUUCUAUUUUCCUUCUAUUCAGAUGAUAUAGAGUAAUUCAAAUAUGACAAGAAAAAGAAAGUAAUUCUUGACUCCUAAGGCUCCAGAAAUAUAAUAGCAAUGCUAAUGUUUUGCUAUGCUAGAGGAACAGGUGUUUGAUUAUUUAAACAAACUUGGAAGGUGACUGAGGCUUGAAAGAUAAAUAAGGCUACAGUUUCUCAUUUUGAUACACUUCUGCUAACAGGAAUAUCCUCUCAUGGGACACACAUCCACAGUUUGAGAAAUGAAAGUACUAUUAGUAAGUGACUUAAUGUGAGCUUCUAGACUAAGCAUUGCUUCCCAGAGGGCAUGGUGGUUUUCUUUAUAUAUUCCUGGGAAUACUGUGCUUCUGUUAAUUAAUCUCAUGGCUUGUUGACAACAAUCAAGAAAUGUACAUUGUCACAGGCCAUAUAGGAUAAUGAUUUUUUUGAGAGCUACUCUAACAAGUCCUUAUCUAUUUUUUAAAUGUAUAUAAUUUAAUGUAUGUGACAUAAUAUUACACUUAUUACAUGGUCUAUGUAUGUAUGUAUGUAACACACACACACACACUCACACACUCUCUCUCAAAAGCUUGGCAUCUUUCAUGUAUACAUAUAGUUAUAUACACACAGAGACACAUGCAUAUUAUUAUUUUCUUUAUCUAAAAAUGUUUUGUAAAGUAUAUAUAAAGUAUAUAUAAAAAUCUUAAAUAAUUUAAAUAAUUUAAAUAAUACAUAUUAAUUUCUCUCCACAAAACAUGUUUUAUUAACAUUUUAUUAUCCUGAGUAAAGGUUACAUACCAUUCGUAGGUGGUGUUUUCUCAAGCCAAUAAAAUACAAUGGUAACAUCAUAGUACUGUAGUGACUUUGACCUACAUAUUCCAUUGUGUUUAUCUAGUUAGCGUGUUGUCUACAUAUAUAGAAUGCAAAUUCACAGCUAUUCUGACGUUGCCUGGCAUCUAAAGCAAAUAACAAAUGUGGCAUGAUUCCCUAAACAUGCCCAAAAUUGCUGAUUCAGGCAGGGCAUGAUGGGAAAAAUGGCAAUGCCAAUCUCUCUGAAGUGUAGCAAAAGGACAUUUUCUACUUUCUAUGCACAAAAAUAAAGGAAAAUAAAGUAAAUUCUUCAACUGCAUUCUCCUGGACUUAAAUACUAAUGAAAUUGUCACCAAAAUUUGAAAGAAUGGUUUUAAUGUAGGCACACUAUAGUUGCUCAUAAUAAACUUUUAGCUUCAGCUAACAAUAAUACAUUAUAGAAAAAAAGAGACGAAAAAUGGGGCAGACAGUCCACUCACAAAAAAGUGGGUGGAAUGCCUAGCCUCAUUCAAAGUACCUCAUAAUGUAAAUAGUCACAUAGAAGAGGAUAAACAACCUUUAUUAGAAAAAAAUGCUAAAAUGGUAUAUAGUCCAAAUACUAUUACCAUACACUAAAAUAGUGUAUUGAUUAUAAGUUAACCACCAAACUUAUAAAAGCCUGGGAGAGGCUAAUCCUGCAAGGUAUGUUUGACUUAAUAAAGGUGUAAAAAUACACCUAAAAUAAUAAAUGGGUAACAAAGCAGGUUAGUCUAAAUCCAUUCUAGGAAAGGACCCAACUGGGUAAUUGGAUAGAAAAAGGAUAGUCUUAGAGCAGUGUCUGAGAGAAUCUGGAAAGGGCAGGGUUAAUAGCAACUAAUGGGGCGCGCCCAAACUAAUAUCGAGUAGCUUAUACUAAAGAGAAAAGGAGCUAAUACCCCAUAAAGAGAGGAAAGAUAGAACCCCCCCCCCUUGAGUCACCCUAAAAAAACUAACUAUCCUAAGAGAAAAAGCAAAACUAACUGCUGCUUCGUGGCAGCCUAUCCAAAUCCCUAAGUCUGUAUCAGGAGAAAAUAUAGGCGCAAACUCAUGCGCUGUGGAAACCCAGGUAAAUGAAAGAUGAGAAUAAAGAAAAUCAAUUGAGUAUAAUAGCAUCGGCUAAGUUAACCACCAAACUUAUAAAAGCCUGGGAGAGGCUAAUCCUGCAAGGUAUGUUUGACUUAAUAAAGGUGUAAAAAUAUACCUAAAAUAGUAAAUGGGUAACAAAGCAGGUUAGUCUAAAUCCAUUCUAGGAAAGGACCCAGCUGGGUAAUUGGAUAGAAAAAGGAUAGUCUUAGAGCAGUGUCUGAGAGAAUCUGGAAAGGGCAGGGUUAAUAGCAACUAAUGGGGUGCACCCAAACUAAUAUCAAGUAGCUUAUAUUAAACAGAAAAGGAGCUAAUACCCCACAAAGAGAGGAAAGAUAGAACCCCCCCCCCCCCUCUGAGUCACCCUAAAAAACUAACUAUCCUAAAAGAAACGGCAAAACUAACUGCUGCUUUGUGGCAGCCUAUCCAAAUCCCUAAGUCUGUAUCAGGAGAAAAUAUAGGUGCAAACACAUGCGCUGUGGAAACCCAGGUAAAUGAAAGAUGAGAGUAAAGAAAAUCAAUUGAGUAUAAUAGCAUCGGUUAGAAAAUAUCUCGACGCGCGUUUCGGCGUUUUAGAUACGCCUUUGUCAAGAGCUACCUGGUAAGUGACACGGGAAGCAGUUAUAAAGGGGAUAUAGACACACCCUUCAAUUUAAGCCCUCCAAUCAAAAGACCACAGGUUGUAAAAGAGUGACAGGUGACCUCCCCUGCAUAUUGAACCAAUCGGAGGAGGUGGGAGUGGUCACCCUAUUCACUCAGUAUACACUAAUGGCAAAAAAAACAAAAACAAAAAAAAAACCUCUAAAUAAAGAGUAGAUACAUGUUGCAAUUAAGGCUCAAAGCUAAAGUAAGUAUGUUUUUAACAAAAAGGUAACAAAACAUCAAAGCAGAUUAGCACAGUAACAACAUUCAUCCAUUUUUUCUAUAUAUAUUGUGGGAUUACGCCCCUUGUACCUCUGUAACCUUUUUGUGGGGUAGUGGUGGUGGUUUCCCCACCCCAUAGCCCCUCUCUCUUUCUUCUAAUAAUACAUUAUUUAUUUAUCUAUCUAUAAUUUAUUGCAAAAUUAUAUUUUUAAGUUUUGUCUCAUUGCAACCAUGUUUAUUCUCUAUAAGAUAAUUCUAAUUCUGGACAUCAGGAGCAUGCUUGAUAUUCCUCAAUUUCCAAACAUUUUCUGUAAGAGAAAGUAAGCUAUUAUCAGUACUCCCCACUGUAUCUAUGCUCUAUAAGUAGGUUGCAACAGAAGAUAUUUUCCUCGAAUGGCUAUUUCACCCACCAUUGUGCAGGUCAGUUGUAAAACUGGUUUACGAUGUAAUUAACGUUGACCUUAUUCUUCAGUUGUAAUGCAGUGAUUGUGAAUAUAGUUGAGUUGCAAGUUUCAGUAACCAGAUCUGCAAACUCUAAUGACUUUUCAAAAAGAUAAAAUCCUUCUUUUUGUUGUUAAAUACAUUUUCUGGCAAUUUUUUUUGCUAAAGACUCACAGAAAUUGGCCUCUAAUGCACUAAAACCUGUUGUAGACAUCACAAAGGAUUCCUUUGUUUUAGUGCUUGAUUUAAUCUGAAAAGCCUUGCCGUUGCCCAUCCCCCGCUAAUAUUCUUUAUUGUGCAAGCUUGUAAAACUGAGGAUUGGCCACUAAUCUUCAAGAUCUAGAGGACUUUUGGCUUCGGUCCAUAAUUGAUGUCUUGACAUAGCCCUUGCCUGCCUACUAAUAAUGAGAUAGAAGUGUUAUCCUGCAGUGAAAUCACUGUCGCCUAUGAAUCAAACUUGAUAAACUGCAGCAUCAUGUCCUCAAAGGUUUUCAUGCAUGUGUACAUAUUUUGAUUACGAACAAACACAGAGAACACAAUCACACACAAAUGCAAGCCAAGGCAUUUCAUUAUUUUGUCAUCUUCAGUAAGCUUAUAUUUAAUUAUUUCUGGAAGUUAUAUGAUUUGAUCUGUAUUUUCCCCUUAUAGCAAAUAUGGGCAUAAAGUGAUUUGCAUAUCCUUUGAUAAUGGUGUGGUUGGAAAUAGCUUGUUCUGACUACAUUUAAAAGUAUAAUUUGCUCUUUAUAUAGUUUUAUUUAAACUUUUCCUUCAUAAGUCUUUUACUGAUAUUCUAUUUUUGUUACCAUAACUCUAACAUAUUUUUGUGUCUAUGUGCAGAUUGAACAUUAACAUAAAAAAAAAACCAACAGUUGUUAACCAGAUUUAAAAAGAAUGAUUUUAAACUUUAAAGAUAGAUUAUAUAUCGGAUCUUUCAUUUUUUUAUGUCCUAAAUACAGUUAAUUAUUAAAUAUUGGAAAGGGUUUGGUGUGCAUACAUGUAUGUAUAUAUUGUCAACGACACUACUUUUGCAUUGUUACUUUUUUUGUGUGAGUGUGUGUUUGUGCUUGUUAUGUCAUUAUUUUUAUAUAUAUAUUAUACUAUAUAUUUUUACUUUUCCAGAUAAUUAAUAUUGUAUGUUUUUAAUACCAAGCACCAUUCUCCUGUUCAGUACAAUUAUAAUGCCCAAGCACAUCUACUCAUUAAUAUUAUUAAUUAAAUAAUAAAUUAGGUAUUCUUGCCAUAGUUGACUAAUCACUGCUUGUCUAGUUCUGACCUACACACAAACUCUGAAAAGCAAACAUUCCUUGAUGUCUACAUCAGAUGUGGGUAGUUGUUGUAGCUAACUAAUUUGUUUGCAUGAACACAAUGUGCUUUGUUGUAGUUGUUUGUUUGUUUGUUUGUUUUUAAAUGCCACAACUACAUCUGAAUUAGAUAAAUAUUUUAACCCCUUAAGGACCAAACUUCUGUAAUAAAAGGAAAUCAUGACGUCACAAAUGUCAUGUGUCCUUAAGGGGUUAAAUAGCAUAUGCAAUUGUUGAUAGUUUUGUGGGUUAGUUCGGAUUGGCAAAAUUAUGAAAAUCUCUUAAGUCUAAAGAAGCUCUACCAACUUCAAACAAAAUAAUGUUUGUAAUACUGUAAUGUUUUCUUCAUGUUUUUCCUUUUUUCUCACUCUGUAUCUGUGGUUUUAUUUCAGCCUAUUUAACUGCAUGUCACUGCCUUACGGGCAAAUAAAGAAUUUUAUAGCAUGAGUUUUUCUUUGUUUCCAAUGUCUUUUUAUGGGUUUGAAAAAAAUACAUUGCUUACAUUUCCAACCAUGUGUCGCAGGUGUUAACCAAUUUUAUUUAUUUUGAUAUAGUGUUGCAGUAUUUAAAGAACAUGAGUUAUUAAUAUUAUUAUUUUUUUUCUUUUUAUAUAUUUUCUUUAGCAUUUUGAUUACAUUUUUUUUAUUUUUUUUGCUUUUGUUUAACAAAAAAGGCAUUGAAGCAAGAACAUUAGCAGUGUGAUAUAUUUACAUAAUACAUUCAGUGGUGAGCUUAUCAGUAUCUCGAGAUAAACAAAUAAUGAUACAAUCACAGUUAAACUGUUUUCUGUAUGGUUGACUGAAAUCUAUCUAAAAGAUAAUCUUGCUUGUGGAAAAUUAAAUGACCUAGUUGGGCAUUGCUUAGAAAGAUGCCUGUCUUGUGCUUUUGAUUUUAUACAUUUACAAUUAUAUUAGCAAUACAUGUACGUCUCCAAAACUACACAUGUUAUAAGUAUGACUUCUAUCCUUAUUCAACUUGGAAUAUCUUAUAAGGAAUUUCAGUAAGACUUCCGUAUUUUUUGAUAUUGAAUUUUUUGUGUUUUAGUCCAGCAUUAUCUGAAGCAUGAUAUAUAUAUAUAUAUAUAUAUAUAUAUAUAUAUAUGAUAUAUAUAUAUAUAUAUAUAUAUAUAUAUUGUUACUUUGACAAUAGAAAUAAAUCACCCUGUUUUUUUUAUUGUUUUCAGACUGACCCCCUGUUUACAGUGCCUGCACCUCCACCACCUGUUUGCAGCAGUGUCUCUCCGCAGAUCCUGCCACCCUACUUUUCUCCAUCAUCAUCAACUAUUGCUGCACCAGUGGAACAACUUUUGGUACGAACCCGGUCAGUGGGUGUAAACACUUGCGAUGUUGGAGUAGUAACGGAACCAGAAUGUCUUGGACCUUGUGAACCUGGAACUAGUGUUAACUUGGAAGGCAUCGUCUGGCAUGAAACUGAAGAAGGUAGGAAUUUUUGAGCAUAUAGUUUAAUAUCUUGUGUUUGAUGAUUUUAAUGGAAGGAUUUUUAGAAAGAUUGGUCUUCACAAAGCUUUUAAGCUGUUUUAAAUGCACCAAACACUAUUCAAUUCAGAUACACUAAGGAUCUUUUAUUAUAUUACUGUUUAUUUUUCUUUUUUGUUUUGAAACCCUUUUAAAUCUUGAUUUUUUUUCUUGCUGAACAUACACUUUUUGAUUGCAUUUUCCUAGACUUAGACUGGCUUUGCUCUAUUGAUUUUCUCUAUGAUUUAACAUCCUGUUAAUCUUUAAUGCACCAAGUGUUCAAGACCUGUAACUGCGUCAUUGUGAGUCGAGCCAGCAAGGCAUCUAAGUCAAGUUACAGUGAAAAGAUUGAAUGCUUGCAAUAUAGAGACAGUUUCAGUCGAAAUAGUAAAUAUCUCGUUUCUAGCGGUGGUGUGUUUUUCUUUGUAACGUCAUCUCCAUCUUUGUAUAUAUGUAUAUUUCUUGCUGUUUGCCAUGUUAAACACAAAGCAUUUUUAUGACAAGCUGAAGGAAAAAAAAUGUUUUAAAAAAGCUUAGUGAGGCGUGCAAGUCUAAAAUGUAUGUUUAUGGUGAAUUAUAGUGUAAUUUAGAUUUGAACUGUAAGAGAACCUUUGAGUUGAGAACUAAUUUAUGUUGUCAUAAUUUGCAAUUGCUCUGCCAUGCCUAAAUUAAUAUACCUGGUACAAAAUCAAUAUGCAGUGUAAAGUGUAGUGUGGUUCAUAUCCCUUGAUAAUUAUUCAUCAUCUUUUCCUAGUCCUGAAUAAAUUAGGAAAUCAUAUUUUUUUUUCUUUGGGGUUUCAAAGCAGAUUUUUUUCUCUUUGCAGCUAAGUAUGAACAUUUAUCUUAAAGUGACAGUUAACUUUAAAUGUUUUUGAGUUAAAACUUGUUUGCACUUUGCAACUUUUUAACCUGUUUUACACAUGGGCACUGAUAGCAUCAAUGUGUUUAACAUUGCUUUCUAAGCCAUCGUUAGGCUGCAAAUUAUUUUAUAUUAUGUGAAACUGAGCCAGAAUACCUAGAAAAUGUUAUUUUAAUCGUCCAUAUAAUAAUGAGGGAAUUUUAAAGACAUAUGAGAUUUGUAAAUAUAUAAAUGGUAUAUAAAGUGCAUGUCAUUAUAUACUCUUUUGUUAUAUGGGAUCAUUAUGUUCUAAUUUUAACCCUGUUAAAAAGGCAAAGGUCAAGAAUAAGACAGUGUCUCUAUAAUGUACACAAAUCUUGUCCUUUUCAGCUAAGGCAAUAAAUCUGUUUUGUCUAUUUUCUUAUUGGAACCAGUGUAAGGAGAAGUAGUUGUGCACUAUGCUAAUAUCUGUGCUGUCUAAGCAGUCUCUCCAGUUGAAUAAACUAAACUUCUGACCUUUGGUGAAUUAAAUGCCAUUGUUUGCAGGAACAUUCUUGUUUAAAAAGAUGCUGGAAGUAUACUGAUCAUUGUGCUUUGUAGUCCAGCUUAUACUCAUACAAAACCGCCUUGAUAUGUUUGAUCUACUAGUUGUCAUUAUUUUUAUUUGGGGAGGCAGGGGAGGGUUGACAGGCGACCGCAGCUACUUCAUAACACCAUGACAGCUUAAAUAAGAUAAAAUGUUUUAGUAAGUGGAGAACCAUAUGGUUGUUGUACGAGGAAUUUAAGUCAAUCUUUCUAAUAAUCCUUUUUUCCUCUAAAUUAUACAUUAUAUCUCUGCAUACUUUUUUUCUGUUUCUUCUGUUACAUCAGGGGGACCUUUAGGCAAAACCUCGAUCAGUUGACUAUCAUUAUCUAAUGUUGUCUGGUCUUGUUUGUUCUUUAGCUUGCUACUGUGUGAUUACAGCUCCUGUGGUGCACAUUUUAAAUAGCUGGUGUUUCUAAAAUUGUAUGGAAGCCUUGUAAAAUAUCCUCAGUCACCAAGGCCUUUCAAUAGUUCAAAUAGUUGUAGCAGGACCUACUCUUUUUCUUAGUCUAUUACAAUGUAAGAGUGGUCGUUGACCGCCUGCUAUUAUUGUUUUUCUAUUAUACUGGAAGAGUGGUCAGUUGCUGGCGUCGCCAGAGAUUAAGCAACUUGCAUUUUGAAAACCACUUCUUUUUUCUAAAUUACACAUUUGCAUUCCCUUAGAGAGAAAAUAAAAUGUCUUGGUUGAAAAUAAUUUGCAUUCUUCAGUUCAUAUGCAAAAUUGUCUAAGGAUGUUUUGGGGUUUACUUUUUGAUCCAUUCCAUUUUAAAAGUGUGUUGGCAAGAGAAUAUAUUGUGUUAAAUUGUUCGCAGAUGCAUAUAAUAAUUUCCAUGACAUUUCAGCUGUAACAUUUGGGGCACACAUGGCUUUCCAUAAGUAUGUGUAGUCAGAUUUCCUGGGAUAAGCUCAUUCCACCUGGCUUUUCUUCACAUUCUAAUUAUUCCUUAAUAUAUUUCUAUUUGGGUUUUUUGUUGCUUUUCAAUAAUAGCUUUUUCUAAUAUUCAAUCUGAAAUCAUGGUCUUUAAAAUUCAGCACUAGCACCGUUAAUAACUGUCUCUUUUGGCCUUACCUCAAUCUCCCCCCUCCCACCGCUCUGCUCCGCUAGGCACUCACUUUGUAUCCCUUUCAGCAACAAAAUUGCUUAUAUAAGCUCUGAUCAAAAUAGAUGUUAACUGCUGUUGUAUUGUGACUAUUCAACAUCAUUUGAGCAAAACCAAUCCUGCUGUUUGAAGUUAUGUAAAUGAGUUGUUUACUGCUAAUUAAAAUGCAUUCCUAUCUGGGCCAGAGGGAUCUUAAAGUGAAUGACUGCUCAGUGUUUUCUGCUUUGUGCAGUUCCAUGAGAUGCAGAAGGAAGUGUACUGUAAGAUAAAGUACUAUAUUUAGAGAGUUCUCAGACCUUCACUAUAUCUUAUGCUGCUUACAACAGAGAUCUGUGCUUAGGAAUGUAUUGCUUUGGAGGUGCUCACUGUGAAAUGAGAGCCAUUACUUGGCUUGUCACAAUAUGCUGUACUUGAUUUUUUACUGCAACAUAAAAAUAGAUGCAUAUGUUUUCAACCAAUUGAAUACAUAAACCUAUGUUUUCAAUUUGUAAUUUCGAGCUUUUAUUGGACAUGAAUAGUAUAUCUUUAUAAUACUGAUUUCAAUUUUGAAUUAAAUAUCCUAGCAGUCUAAACUUCUGACAGAGCAUAAACCUGGACUCAAGACUUAUUGUCAUUAUUAUUAUUAUUAUUAAUAUUAUUAUUUUCUUUUUGGCCACAAAUGGAUCCAAACUAUAGUUUGUAUGAAGUACAGACUGAAUUAACAUAUUUUACCAUGAAGCUUCACCAAAGUGUGGUUUUCAUGUAACUAUAUUUUAUUAUAAAUAUAUUGAUACCAUGCUGUUGAACAGAAUGGUUAGAGCAAAUCAUUUAUAUUAAUUAUUUCAGUGCUAGAGUGGUACCAAGACAAGUUGGGUCUGGCACUGUAGUCUCUGAAAGAACACUGAACACGUUAAUCGUCUUUCUAUUCUAAAGUGCUGUACUGCAUGCGUAUUAAGUCUCAGGGGUAUAGAAGGUUGAUUUUUUUCUUUUUUUUAUUAUAACAUUCUUUGUUUUUCAAAGUGCUUUCCUGUAAUUCAGAGUCUGACUAUUUCUCUUGCUGAGUGGUGUUUAGUGGGAAUAUAUAGAGCAAUUAAAACUAUGCCUGUAUCUCUGAAUAAAUGCCAACUCUGUCCAACAGAAUCAUUUAAUUACCAGCAAUGAAACACAUUUGCUUCAAGUGUCAGCAUUGACAUUUAAAAACAGUUUCUAUUUGCAUUAACAUAAGGAAAUAUCCACAUCUAAAUAUUUUCCGUUUCAACUGGAGUUACACUUGUUAGUGUAUUCAUAGAAAAAAAUAUGAGUUCAGCUUAUUAAAAAUAUACAUCUGGAUCGUUAUGUUGAAUAUGGUCAUCACCAAGAACCAAGAGGCCAGACAUUUACUCAUUGUCUCGUCAUGGUCCAACAUUUUCUGCAAUCACGAUGUCACAAUAACAUACAAUCAUAUAUGCAUUAGAAAACCAGCAUUUGUACUGUGUUUGCAAUGGCACUGCUAGUGACAAGAGAAAGCAUCCUAUAAAUUAUAUAUGUGACCUUUUUGUGUCUGCCUAUGGCUUAACUAAAGACAAACUCAAUUUAGCAUUUACAAUAACCUCCAAAACUUACAUAUUGGAAACCUCCUCCACGACUUCCAAAUUUCAUGUGUCAUAGAGGGUCCAAGUGGACAAAAAACCCUUGUUUAAAGAUGAGUAGCAAUUAUUGGACUAUGAUAUUUAAACCUGAUAAAACACAUUGCAAUGUUUGUGUGAAUCCUUAUACAAGCAAAAAUAUUGUAAAAUAGGGUAAGUUAAAUGUACUAAUUGAUAUUUGUUGUCUCUCGUAGAGGACUAAAUUACUGUACAAAAAACGCAAUGUUAAACUUAAUAUGCGUUGUGAGAAAAAUAAGCUGUAAACAUCCCAUACACAUUUUUUCUAUCUCAGAACUCCUACAAAGACUGACAGUCAUUGCAUCUCAGCACUUCUAUGGAAUGUGUUGCUGUCAUAUUAAAAACAAAGGAGUCUUGUUUUUUGGCAGUUUGGCAACAAACAGUUAUAAUUUAUCUUCUAAAGUCAAUAGCACGCUGACACAGGACAAAACGCAAACUUAGAGAAAAUGAGAAGGUAGAAAAGGCCCUAGGGCUCAAAUGCAUACAGCAAUGGAAUGAAUGUUCAUUAAAAUAUGUAGGUUAUAUUCUACAGAAGGUUUGAUCCAAUAUUUUUUUUUUCACAGUCAGUUUCUUGUGACCAGAUUAGAACAUUAGUUUAACUCAAACCGAAUGUAAACGGUUCUUGAUGGUGCCUAUACAUGACCAUGCUGAGGUCAUCGCAGUCACAAACUAUUAAUUAGACUGUUUUGAACCUUUGGCUUUGUAAGGACCAUUGUAAAUUGUGUAAAUUAGUUGUAAUACUAUGUCUAUAUUAUGUCUAAUGAAUCUUUAUUUUCAACAUCACUGUAAUUUGGAGUAGUUGUGUUAAGGUAGUCAUGCAACCGUAAAAUAAUGGAAUAUAAUGGUAACAGUAUCUUGCAAAACUUUUAUUUUAAUGAACCAUUAGUAUUUUGGCACAUUGGAACAAAUAGCUUUUAGGAGUUGCCCCCUUUUAAGUUCUAAAACCUAUAUUGACUGAAAGCUUUCAAUUUCAAAAUAUAUGCACUAUCAAGAAAGUCUGUUAUUUUAGAAAGUGUAGAGAAAUAUAUUUGGCUGAUUGGCAUGCAUUAUAUGAAAACCAGCAGAUUUAGAUUAAGUGUGCAAACAUUUAUACAUGCUUACUCACCCAUUCACGACAUAUCAGGUAUGACAAUUGUAAAAUUAUAUACUUUUUUUUCAUAAAAGCUGUUAGCUCAUCAAUUUAUAUUUAACUUCAAAUCGCAUUUCCAAAUUUGCUUUAGAAAUGCAACUUUGGUAUAUAUCAGAAUUAUGGAAGAGAGACAAUUAGAAAGUGUUAAAACCUGAACUUGAAAAUCUAGUCUAAAAAUAAGAUUUUGAAAAUGAAUCACCCUUUCAUCACAUACUUGGGAUUUGCACAUUAUAGACCAGUCUACAAGUCUACCAAUAUGUCCUGUGUUAUACUAACAAUUUAUACUAUUUUUCUGUAAGAUUUAUUAUUGCGGAAUUAAAGUGUCACAAUACAUUACAUAUUGAACUAGUAAUAAAAAGAAGCUUAUUUUAAAAUAUAACAUUUAUUGAUGUGUUACUUUAUCUUAUUCUCCAGAUGACCUACAUUAUAUGUUCACUAAUGAAGUGCCUCUAUCUCAUCAAAUGAUAACAUAACAGGUUUUUAUUUGUAAUGUAGACUCAAAACACAUUGCCAAUGCUCUUCGAUUAAACAGCUGAUUAAUAGAUGUUAGUACUAUAUGAAUGUUUCUAUAACCAAACUUAAAAUUACCAAUUUUAUUGACUUUAAAUACAGGAUAUAUUGGUGAUAUAUCCUAUGUAAUAAUGUUUGAACUGGUUGUAGAGUUGGUAAAUUAAAGGACCACUCUAGGCACCCAGACCACUUCAGCUUAAUGAAGUGGUCUGGGUGCCAGGUCCAGCUAGGGUUAACCCAUUUUUUCAUAAACAUAGCAGUUUCAGAUAAACUGCUAUGUUUAUGAAUGGGUUAAGCCUUCCCCUAUUUCCUCUAGCGGCUGUCUCAUUGACAGCUGCUAGAGGUGCUUGCGUGCUUUGCACUGUGAUUUUCACAGUGAGAGCACGCCAGCGUCCAUAAGAAAGCAGCUCUUGCCGCGCGUGCGCAUUCAGCCGACGGGGAGGAGAAGAGGAGGAUCGGAGGAGGAGAGCUCUCCGCCCAGCGCUGGAAAAAGGUAAGUUUUAACCCCUUUGCCCUUUCCAGAGCCGGGCGGGAGGGGGUCCCUGAGGGUGGGGGCACCCACAGGGCACUAUAGUGCCAGGAAAACAAGUAUCUUUUCCUGGCACUAUAGUGGUCCUUUAAGUAAAUGAGCAAUCUCAUAGACAUGUAAAGAAAAAUGGCAUAGUAAAAGUUAACUGAAAAAGAACCUCAGCACUUGGCAAAAAUUGUUGCAAUAGUAUUUUAUUCAGUCAUCACAGAGAGGCAAUGUUUCAACACACUAGGUGUCUUUCACAAACCAUGCAGUGUGAUUGUAUUCAAAAUAAAAAAUAAUAUUGUUUUUAUUAUUUUAUUAUUUUAUUAUUAUUUUAUUAUUUAUAUAGUGCCAUCAGAUUCCAUAGCGCUACAACCAUGAUAUAGACAUGUAUGUGUCAUUACAUACACAUAAAACAUUUAUUGAAGAUACCAUGAAGGAGCAGUAAUACAUUCUGAUGUUUUUACAAUUUAUCUCUAAAAAAGGGCUUGUGAAAUCAAACAAUAAGGAUGGUCAGUUUGUCACAGUCAGAGCUAUUAAUUUGUUUUUAUCUUCAAGAAGAUAUAAAGCUUUUUCAUCCAUUGCAGCAGCACACUCUAUAAUUGUUUUUAUAUCUCUUAUAUUUCAGUCUGGUUCCACUGAAUUGAUAUUACCCAAGUUUGUUUUAUUUUUCUUUCCUUGUUAAAUCAAACAGAUACAGAUAGACUUUUGAUAUUGAGUAAUAAUUGUUCAAAAAGGAAAAAUAAAUCACCUUUUUAUUAAUGUAGUUCUAGUCAUAUUAUUUUGUGAUUUGUUUUCAUUAUGUAAUAAAAACUGGCAUAAACCUUUAUUUUAUUAAUAAAUUAAUCUGUUAAUUUAAUAAAAUGUUAAAUUAUUAGUAACAUACACAUUGAAAGUAUUAAAAAAAAAAUUGAAAAUACAGUGGAUAAUCUCCAAUUAUAUGCUUGUUGAAUGAUUAUGUAGGCACUAAUGGCUUCCUUAGGGUGAGAGAAACAUUAUUUAAUUAUUUUGGGCUUUUGCUCUAAGUUAAAAAUGAUCUAAUAACAGCCAUGUCUAUAAUAUUUUAAAACCAUGAAAUAGAUUUUAAACUAAAAUGUAAAUUCCUUACAUACAUUUCCAAUGACAAUAACAUUUAUAACUUUUGGUAUUUUACCCCCAGGACUAGAUACAAACAGUUCUUAAAGUCACAGUACUUCAUAAGACUUAAACACAGCUGGAUACGUCUGGCUUAUGCGUAUGUAAAGGGGAGCUGUCACUUCCCAGAAUUUUUCAUAUUCCGUCAACUUACCAGCUAUAACUGACAAAUAUGCUUUUGUCAGAUUUUAAAAAUAAAAUUAAAUGUACCAUAAUUGCACAUCUAUCCUUGAAUUGGGUACCUCCAUUUUAGCACUUUGUCAGCGAUCGUUUCAAAUGUUGCCCUUUUCGUCCAUUGAACACAGUAGAAGGAAGAACUGUAACUAUGUCUCUGUUUACACCUCAUUUGCACUGUAUGAGCUAGCUGUACCAUUACUCAAUUCAAUUGUAAAGUCACUUGCUGGAUUAAAGUCACAAGAAAAGUCAUGCAAGAUACAGUAGUCUAGGUGGUUAAAAAUAAACCAUGAAAUAUAUUUUGUCUAUAUAAAAAAUGUGCCAGAGAGGCAUAGAGAAUAAAGGUAUCCUCAUUCAUUUGUGUUCAAAUUAAACUCAAAUUCAAACCUAAAGAAAGAGGUCUUGGGAUAAUGUAAAAUUAUUCAGAGACACGCUUGUCUCUAUAUGUUAGAAAAUGUGGUGCCAAGACCAAAUACAGCUAUUUAAGCCAAAGAAUGGGGUCUGAUAUGACAGGAUCCAUGACCAGAGACCAGCAUGAACUCUACAUGUUUAAUAUUUUGGGUCUCAUUAGUAUGCUUAAAAUGUGUUCAUAAAAGCUAUAUUAAAUGUACACUUUAAAUACCCAGAGCUGUAAACAUAUGAUCAGUGGAACAGUAAAAAUGUGUUGGGUGAAUUAUCAUAAUUGUUCAAAGAACAACGCAUUUAAAAUAUAGUUUGCCUUAAACUCUGCUUAGUCCCAAUUCCACUGACAGGAGAUUGCCAGUAACCCUUUAAGAUAUAAUUUUACUUAUUUCACAUAUAACAAGUCUGUGUUCAAUUACAAUAUACCAAAGCAAUGAACCACUGGAUUGAGAGUGACAUUUGGUUUGGUAAGUAAAUGAUCAAAUAUAAUACUUGUCACUUGAUCUCCUGAGAGGUUUUUUUUUCCUUCAGCCCAUGGAAAUAGCAAUGUAUACACAUUUUUUUACUCUUUUGAUGCUGUGGGAGUUGUGGCUAAGGCUAGAUUUAUGCAAGUGUCGGGAAACGGUUUAUGGAUCACAAGCCAUGCAGUCAUAAUAAACAACGCAACACAGAGAGUGAUUUCAUGAGACCUAGCUCAUAUUUGUUCCUAAACCUGAUACAUGCUUGUAUUUGCCUAUACCUUACAUGCCAAACAGAUGGAAUAACAGAUCUGAAAUAGUAAAGCUGGCUGACUGCCACUUGUUCAGUAUGUUUUGGUUUUGUAUGGAUAAGUAACCAUUCUCCUUUCCCCUGUUUGUAAGAGCUUUCCUGUAAUGUUUUAAGAGAAGCUAAUCCUUGGUUUCCUGUAAAGUGUCUGCUUGUUAAAUAGAUGUUGCUGUAAUGUGCUGUGCUGACCCUGAAUUGUGUGAGUUUGACAUCAGCUAGAUCAAUGGUCUGUAAAGAAGUUGAGUGGGUUUUCUAAUCGCAGAAAUAAGAAUUUAAAGCCAAUAAAAAGGGAUCGUUAUGUGAAUUUUAGCAUGAGUUUAAUGGUUUUUCAGAUUAUUUAUGUAUAGGCACUGAUAACAAGUAAGGACAUACUUAAAGGUACACGCUAAAAUGUUAGGAUGUAACAUUAGUUAAAAGAUGAAGCCUGUGUUGACGGUGUAGGCGGUGGUAAUGCAAUGCUAGUUUCUGUGGUUACCAUCCUGCUGAACAACAUUUCUGGCUAUUUAGAGAGAUGAUUGAUUCUCUGAUCUUUCUUCUAAAUUGGACAUUCCUUCUGGCAUUAUUAUUAUCAUUUCCACAACUUAAGUAAUUUACACUGCACUUUAUAUCGUACUUGAAGGGUGUAAAAACUCCAGUCAACAAACAAAGACAAAAUUAUGUAUAAAGAAAGAGGCCUUUUGAUCUUAUCACAAACAUGUUCACAUUGUAGGACAAGAUAUAUGUAAUUUUGUAUCAGCAAGAUAACGUUGGGACAUCUCUUGUGAUAUGUAACAUGGCCAAGGCUGUUGACUUAGUAGAACAGAAAGGGUUUCAAAACAUGACCAACCCUUUUAAAAUAGCUAGAUAGAAUGUAUAGUCUUUCAUGCUUGGCCCUCAACACUUUCUAUUUCUGUUCAUCCAUCCUGUCAUGUUGAAUCUUCUUGUUUGUUAGUCCACCUAUUGUACAGUCCUGCAAAAUAUGUUGGCACCUUAUAAAUAAUAUUAAAUACAUACAUACAUACAUACCCCUGGAUAUUGAUAAUGUACUAAUCUAUUAAGUACACUUGAGAAGGCUGUUGAUUUUAACUCCUCUACCAUUCAGUUACAGCGACUGAUGGAAUUUUCAACUGCAGUUUGCGUUCAAACCUACUUUCUAAAUGUGGGUAUGCCCUUCAUCUGUAAUGUCAUCAUAUAAAGAGGCUUCAGAAUAAAUCAUGUUGGCAUGAUGCCCUAUACUUAUGUAUACAGCACUAUUACAUGAUCUCUCAGCUAAUAGUCACCAUUUUGAACUUGCUGUUGACAAAUUAAUACAGUAUACUAAUGCACUAGUUACACUGUUUGAACAAACUGUUUAUUAUAAAAUAUUCUGCAGUGCUUAAAACGUAGCCGAAUGCCAGGGAUUCAUUCUUAUCAUUUUUUGUUUUAAUUCCAAACUAAACCACAGGCAUAAGCUUUACAUUCUGUUGAUUUGACUGCACAUUCCACGCUCAAAUAUCUCCUCACCACUUAUUUUACAAUCAAGAACACCUGAGAAAGGACGUAUACUGUCUUUUUUAACCUAUAGUGCAUGUGUAUUCAUGUUUCUCUUUCCAUUCACGGAUAUUUCCAGCUGGGAAAAUAUAGUGUGUACAAUUCUCUGUGCCUUCAACUGACAUUUCUCAUAAAUUGCAACAGAAACACUGUUAUCAGCAGCUUAAUAGCAGCUCUACAGAUCAAGUCUCAGCAUGACACAGAAACUAUGGUAACCACAUUUUCUAGGCAGAUAAAGGAGAAGGGAGGUUUAAGUAGAAAAGUAGCUGAAGCAAAAUUGUAAAUAGAGACCAAAUUACUUAAGAGUUGAUAAGGGUUUGAUGGAUUAAUAGUAUUGUCCUGUUAAACCUCCACAAUGCAGCUGAUGUAUUCCCUAAAAUGUGUUGUACACUUUCAUUUUCUCUGCCCUAGUGGGAUGGUUGAUGCUUAUGCGCUGUCCCUCAUUGUGAAACAAAAAUAGCCAAGACAUCUGCUCCUAUCCCCUCACAUCCCAGCAGAUGAGCAGUUCUCCGAAAAGAAGCUUUAGAAAUGCGGUUGUUUUGUCUUGUGCAAAAACCCUCCAGUUAGCAUCACUGGACUGUACUAUACAUGUUGAUUAAUAGAUAGCCAAAAGGCAAGCGAGAACAUGUUGAUGGGUGUCUGUUCAUAUUGUGUCUAGUAUUGCAAAAAAAAAACCAGAACAUUUAAUGGAUACUAUUCUUAUCUGUGGAAAUUGCUAAGAGGUCAUUUGCAAAUGUCCAAAAAUAAAUCAUGCAAGAUAAAUGCAAUUUCAAAUAUGUGUAAUUCUGUAGAAGUAACGCGUUUGGAAAUGUAAAAUACAAUUUUUAAAUGCUUAAUAUUUUCUAGAAUUAGAUACUCACUAAGGAAAGUAUUUAACAAAAAACAAUGUGUGUUAAGAAUUAGGCAGAUUUUUUUUUUGUCUUACAAGAUUAUUUAAGGUUAUGGUGGGGAAAAAUUGUGAUUGAAAACCCCUUUCACCUGAAGUCUCUGGAUAGUUAAUACAAUGUUAAACAAAAAUCUGCACACCGGUCAAGCCAUAAGACUCGCUUUUCCCACAGACAUCACAAAUUUGCAGUAAUGUUACUACCACAAAGUAUUCUGGGUGGGCAUAUGCAAAUUAGUUUAACAAAGAAUCCCAUUUUUGCCUCAUUCCAUUUUAAACGUGGAUUCCUUUGAGUCUGUGUUUGCUGUAUACAACAGCUUUGAAACACAACUUAGGAAAAGAUGCAAAGCCAGUGAACCACUCAUGGACAGCUGUUUCAUUGUUAGUGCAAAUCAUAAGCAUGAGGUUGGUAACUGGUUUGCUAUUGAGGCUUGGUAGUACUUGGGAAGCAAAAAACAAAAAAGAUUAUGGUGGGGAAAAAAUUGUGAUUGAAAACCCCUUCCACCUGAAGUCUGUGGAUAGUUAAUACAAUGUUUUUGCUUCUGUAUUCUACUUUGCUACAUGAUAUUCAUGCACUGAGCCUUUUUUUCCAGAUCUUCUUGAUCCCUACCUGUCUCUGGGCUCUCAAUCAACUCUUUUGUUUUUUCUUUAAUGCCCACGAUCCUUAUCUUGCUUUGCCUAACCGCACCUUUUGUUUUCUGCACUUUGCUACUAUUCUGUGGAUAAUACUAAAUCUGAACUGCUAUACAAAUCAGCUCUGUAAUCCCUGCUGUGACUUUCCCAUAGACUGCACUUUAAAUCUGUUACAGAGAAAUAAUCUAUUGACCACACAUGCAAACCAUCUAGUAUUGAUAAUAAUAAAAUUAACUUUUACAGUUUAGACUAGGAUUUUACAUUGUACAAGGGGCACACUACAAAUCAAACUUCAGUGGUCUUGUUACUGAAAAAAGGGUGAUUUAGCAGUAUGUUCUUUAAAAAUUGUCAUCAAUAUGUAAAUGGUAGACAUGUUUUUCUAGUUUUGCUAGGAUCCCCACCGGCCCCAUUGCUAUCGGAAGAAGGUAGUGUAAUUUGACUGGAUGUCCUCAAUUACUGGGUUAAAACCAUACACAUACCCCUUGAAAUUGAUUUGUAUAGGUUGUUCUUUGUUGGCAGUAUUUUGGUGGAAACAAUCUUUUACUCGAACAUCAAAAACUGCCCUGACAACUAUUCUACUAAUUGGUUUCUUCAUCACAAUAUGCAAUUUUGUAUUAAUUGCACUGUGUUUUAAAUGUGUUUUUAAUGUGUUUUGAAACACAUUUAAAAUGUGUUUAACUGUGUUGUAUGUUCCCCGCGGGUCUGACACAUGAUUGAGGGCUGAUUAAUGGGAUAGCGGGGCAGUGGCCGUCCGCCCCGCUCACCGCCGGAGUAGGCCUCAAUAUUGUCAAUGAGGAAUCUUCCUCCAGGGGACUGAAGCCCUUUGAGCUAGCCUCACCAUGGAUCCAGAGCCCUCUACUUGCUGAGGACCACCGUUGCUGGUCGGUUUUAUGUCAGUAAUCAUGUUUUUUAAGGCUUAUCUGAUCUUAGGUAGCAGGAGCUGGUCUCACUUGCGACCAUCCAGCUCGGCGGUCUGGCCCCGCCCCCGUAUGUGUUUUAAAUACAUAAUCUACAGGUCUUUUAACCAUCCAUGUUUUAAUAAUAUGUAUACAUUUCAGUGGCUGUGAUCACCUUUUCAAACAGUUUAGAAUUUGAACAUGGUAUCUUGUGACUUUUCUGGACAAAUACAUUGAUAUUAUUGUACUAAUUAAAACAAUGAAAUAUGCUGUGUUACUUGCCAAAAAGCAAUUGCUCAUAUAGUAAAACAAAUAUAUUCCCCCAAUAGUUUUCUGCAAAAGUGUUUUUUUAUUACAAGAAUGGAAAAAAAAUGCAGAGCUGAUAUUUUUCCGUUACGAGUUUGUGAUUGUAAUCAGUGGCUGUCAGUCAGGCUGCUGCUUUGCACAGUGUGAACUAAGCAAACUGCCAUGUCACUUCCUUGCAAGGCGUUGAAGAUUACAUCAACAAACUGACAAAUUGUAAUUGGUAAUAAACUUUUCCUGUAAGAAUGAGAGGAAACUGUAUUAUACACAAGUUUACUGCGUAUCCUGGAAAUAUACUUAGCCAUGUGUUUCUUUCAUAGAGGCUUGUCCAGCUCUGAUAUCAGUUGUUUUUGGCUCUUUGAAGACACUAUUAAGCGUCCAUUGAGUGGUUUAGCUAUUAUAAUUUGCAAUUAUUUUUAGCACUAUGUUCCUCCUUGAUAUACAGCAACAAUAACUGCUAGAACAAGGACAACACAUUCUUAGCAGUUCUGGUUGCUUAUAAUGCCUUAAUCUAUUUGGGAGGGGCACAAUUGACAUAACUGUGAACAGCGAGUAGAGGAGCAUUCACUUUAAUUAAAAGGAGAGAUGAGAAAAUUGACAAUUGAGACUUGUUCAACAUUUGUUUAGAAUAGAAGCAAGCAUACUGCUGUGACACAGCCCUGAGGGUUAUACACUCCUCCUGGCCCACAGAUUUUACCCAUACCUAAUUAUCACUAAUGUAAAGUCUGGGAAAAGAACACAAACAAUGCAAACUAUUUCUAGUAGUUUAGAUCUUGGCACAUAUCAAUAGCACCUAAUCUUACAUUGUCACUUUUCACACUACCUUAAGAAUCACACGCUUUGUUUCAUAAGUAGAGCAGACCAUGGUUUCACUAUACACACAUUUUCUAGGAGUGAUCUUUUUGCUUGUUUUUAUUUUAGCUCAAAAACUUUCAAAAACAAUUGAAGAGGUAUUUAGUAACAAUGAAUAAGGUUUUUUUUUUUUUUAAUUUUGUGACUUAAUGAAUUGGAAUUACCAAUUGGGGCUUCUCUUACCAGAUACAACACAUUGAAUGAUUUUGUGAACUGGCAAUAUUCUCUGCCGUGCUGUAAAAUACAUCGACUUUUUAAAAAAGGUUACUGUCUAUAAGUGAUUGUAAGUGUAAUAUAUGAAGUUUACGUGGCUCUCAUUUACUUUGCCUUAGCUUCAGACUGUGCACUGUAUCUGCUGGGUUCCAUGUUGUCAAGUUGGCAGAGUCUGUUAAAAAAGUAUUUAUCUUUGUGAUUUGUUUUAAAGUGACUGACUGAAAGCACUUUUCCAUUCAACCCCAUGUAAGUACUGUCAUAGAUAGGCUAGCAUGCGGACCCCUUCCAUACUAUGCUAGAAACAAAGAUCACACUGAUCACACCCACAAGGUCACAGCAGCUGUCUGUAAGUGUGAUUUUUGGCUGUGUCCCCAAACCCAUGCUGAGCAUUAACAGUUUUUGUUUAUUCCUUAGGUACAAAGGGGAUCUAUGCUUAAAUUCAUAAACACAUAAAUGGCAACAUUGAAUUCUAGCCAUUUUCUUCUCACAAAACCUAAAUCCCUACUUGAGAUAUUCAAAUAUAUAUUUUUAUUUUUUAAUAUCUGCAUUGUACCAAAAUAAGUAAAAAGGCUUGUCUGCUGUUGCAUGGCAUAUUUGAUUGUAUUUGUAUUAUUACUUCUUUUUUCGUCAUUUUAGUAUAUUUUUUUUAAAUGGUUGAAACACAUUACAAUGAGAAGUAAACAUAAGGCACAGAGCUGCAUUUCUUUCCAUGACUCAUAUUUGGUUUCGUUCUUUUAUUUUUAAAAAAAAAAAAAAUGUUACAUAAAUGUGUUCUUUAAAUUCCCUUGGUUUCUUCCUCUUCCUAUUUUCCCUCACCACAUUUUUCUUUUCGUUUUCUUCCUUACAUUGAUGAUCACACGUUUGUAAGUACUAUCCUUCUAUCAUUGUUUGUAUACCAUGAAAAAAAUAUUUUUCAGUGGCCUCACAUUGUUUUUUUUAAUCUUGUCACAAGGUUGAUUGUUUAAAGUCAUUUUACUGAGAGUAGUCCUUUACUUCCACUAUGUAUUUUGCUUCAACAAUUAAUUUCCUUUGCCCAUUUUGUUACUGUUUAUCUGUGCAAAUUUGAGAAACCUAUGCAUAUUGUAAACAAACUACAUUAUAAAUAUAUUUGUUGGAUAUCAAGCAGGGUCAUGUAACAGCUACACUUUAAAGUUAAAAAGAGUUUGCCUAUAAAUUGUACUAGCCAAAUUACUAGAAUGCAAAUUAAUCUAAAUUAUAAAGAUUUUACUUAUUUGCAAAAACCCAUAAACUUCUAGUCUACUGUUUAGAGUAUUGAACUGUUUGUGGCUCCAAAAUGUGUAUGUGUACUUGUUGCGGAGGCUAGAUUUGUAUUUUGGGUUUUGGGAUCACACAUUCCCUGUAGAGCUAUGUCCGCCUUACAUCCUUCCUGAAGUCUAUAAAAUAAUUACUAUUGUGUCUGAUAAAGUAAUAAACACAAUUCUUAACCUGUACUUUCUAGUACAACACUCUGUUGUUAUCUGUGAUUUAGAACCUAUGUAGAUGAAAAGUACAGAGAGUUUCUGCUGGUGUUCACAUUGGAAUUAAAUGUAACACAUUUCUUAAUUAUUAAAACAAUAUGGGCUGGAUUUUCUUAAAGUAAGAUUUACUCUGCUUACUAAAUAGCAAUUCAUCCAUUAAAGUAUUUGGCAAAAUUGCUUUUCAGUAAGGAGAGUAAACCAUUAUUCCUUUAAGAGUAUAAAGCCUUUUAUGUGACAACGGCAUAUGAGUCAACUUGAUUAAUCCAGCCACAGAUUCCGACGUUCUCCUAGAUUGCUGCUGUUUUUACCCCUGUUACUGUCCAUGUACCUUAAAAUAUGCAUCCUGCUUUUUUGUUCAAAUAAAAUAACUUCAUUCAGUUAGCCAGUAUUCAAAUUUACAAUCUGAGGUGUGAACAGCCUUAAUUGUAACUUCACAUGUUUACAUACAACCAAGUAUACAUCUGUAAAAAUCCCUUUCACAUAUUCAUUCAUUCAUUCAUUUAUUCAUACAGAGGUGCAGUUUGUACGAUUGUUUUCCCUUUAAAAUGUAUUGCAUGGCUGAACAAGUUUUCUGAUUGCUUCUCAAUGUUGUUUUAUCUAACAUUUUUGAUAAUGCACCCCCAGCCAGGCACUCUUCAUAGAUUGUGAGUAAAUAUGGAUUAAUGAUAAAUGAUAAAAAUUUCUCCAUAUUUACAGCCAAUCACUGCCAAGGUUGACAUCCCUGCUCUUCAACAUCAUCAUCAUGUUUGACAAAGCAGAAUACACCUCAGCAGGGCCCAGCCCAUACAUAUGGUAGUUAAACAAAUGUGCUGUCAAAGUUUCAAUGGUCCACAUGAUUGUUUAUGAUCCCUGCAAGGCAGUGAUGGCUGUCAUUUUAGCUUUUCUACAGUCAUUUGCUUAACGUCUUAGCCACAGGCUUACACAACAAAUGAUACAGAUUUUUUUUUCAGCUCAGUGAGCUGUUUUGCACAUCCUGUUGCUUUUUUCUUGUAUAUGUGGACACUUUUUCAUCAAGAAACUUUAUUUCUAAAAAAAUAGUAAUUCUAAAGAAGGUGUGAUGUAUGCUGUACUUUAAUUUUUACAAUUUUUAAUAUUGAUAUUUGUUUAUGUUUCAAGGAUAUUGUUAAGAUGUAAGUUUUAGAUGGGAUAAAUGUGUUGUAAUGCUUCUGCAUGUGCAAUGUCAUCCUAGAAACAUGAAUGGCUCAAGAGCAUAAUGUCAAUCUGAAAAAGAUAUUUGUUUGUUCUGGAAAGCGUCAUCCAUCCAAUAUAUUAAAGGUAUUACAUUUUUUUUCUUGUUUGCUUUAUAGAGAAUCAAUUUAUCCAUGUGACAUGUGCUUGUAGCUGUGCUAAUCCUCAGUUGAUUAAAUAAAGAAGGAUAUGGUUCUUAAGUUCACCUCUUAAUGUAUUCAUCUAGAAAUGUAAGCACUAAGCCAAUCCUAUUAUAAAAUGUAUAUAGUGGAUUUUACAUCAUGUACCGCUAAGUGAAUUGGACCAUUUGUUGCAGGUCUAAUUCAGACUGUUGUUUUGGUUCCCUUGAUAUUAUUAUACUUUAUGGCUCACCUACAAACAAAAAAUGAUCAGUAGAUCAGAUGCACACGCUUAUAGAAAUUACAAUACUGGGUAACUUUAUAUAUCAGGUGGUUGUUUAUUUUAAAUCAAGAAAUAAACAUAUAAAUAAAGCAAAACAAUAAUUAGGGAGUGAUAUGGGUGAGGGUCUCUAGAGCAGUUCCCAAAUGUAGCUUCAUGAAGCUAAACCAAUAGUGUCACUCUCUGGUCUUCAAGGGAUAUGAAUCACAAUAUAAAGCUGAUCUUAAAGUGUCACUCUCAGGUCUUCAAUGGUGAUAAAUCUCAAUACACUUUUGUUAGUCUCACUAACCUAAGCUGGAAUACAAAGACUUACGAUCCCACGUACUGAACUAUUUCCUUAAAUGGCAGGGUUAGGCUAACUGGCUUGGACUAUUCUUUUACAUACUUGGGUCAAUCUAACCAAAACAAUAAUUUAAUCUCUGGUUUUUGGUGGAGACCUUUCAAACAGAAGCCACAUCAGAAAGAAUUGCAACCAAUAUGAGCUGAACCUAUAACUGCUACAUGGGUUACGUUUGAUCUGGACUAAGAGUACUCUGACCAUGUAUAAGUAUAAGUUCUGUAUAUCAGUAGCAAAUUUAUCCAGUUCUAUCUGCAUGUCUGUCCAUUCAUCUCCCUCAUAUGUGUUAUCUAUCUCUAUCUUAUCAGUAGGAAUAUGUUGUUUUCUGUCACUAGUAUGGAGGACUUAUACAUUUUAUUUAUUCCCUAUGUGCUGUUUGUGUUAAAGGCAUUUCCAAAAAAGCAUGUGAAUAACAAGGACCCGACGAGCUGAAUAUAUUUUAGCUAUUUAUAAUUUCCAACUAAAUUGUCAAUAAAUGUAUAUGUUACAAUGAAUACAUUUACAUGAAUAUCACCCCCUCCCUCAUGGUGCCAACGGUAGACAGCUAUGUGAGACCAGAUUAAUACCCUGGUAUCAUCCAACAGCAUGCAGUAUUUGUAGAUGCAAACACACACUUCCUCAACCACCAACAAACCUUCACAAUUUUUCCAUCUAAAGGGUUUCAACUGUUUGAGAGAGAAAGUAUGGUUUUGCAUAUUGCACUUUAAACAACCCUUUGAGUAACAUAAUGCAUACACUACAAUAUGAGAUUUAUAAAAUGGAAUUCUCUGUAUGUCUCAGUACAAAGUCAAUUUAAUUUUGCGUUAAUAAUUUAAGUGCUUUUUUCAGAACAUAUCUGUCAUAAGUUAGAUUUAUUUAUUUUUUUGUUCACAAUCAAAUCAUUUGCUGAAUGGCAGCUGAAAAGAAAAUUGGUAAAAGGAGACUCCGUUGCUCUCUGAGCCUUCCAGAUUGAAAUCCCCUUUUGAGCUACAGCUAAUUCUGGAAGCAAAAAAUGUUUUCAGCAAAAAGCUAAAUUGUUGAAGGGGAGACAGAGUAAUUGCUAGGCUUGAGUAUUUCUUUGAAAUAGAUGAGAUUAUAUGGAUCACAGUUUAAUACAAAUAAUGUUUGUGAUAAGGGAAUAGUUUUUAUAGUAUGUACAUUUUAUCAAUUUAUGGCCGUGGCAGGUUGCUUGGUGAUAAUAGACUGAUUUUGGCUUUUCCUCAAAAGACCUCUUUUCCCCUCCACAUUAAAUGAAUGCUUCUUAUAUAUUUAAUAAUGCUAGUAGAAUGAAGUCUAUUGUCAUUAUGCCACCAAAGAUUGAGAAUAAAAAGCAAUUUAAACAUUGCAUGCUUAUUCAUGACACUUAGAACAGAUCCAUUACCUCUCCAUGAGUAGUGUGAUCUUGAAGUAAACUAAGAUCAAUAUGGGGAGUGGGGAGAUAUCAACUGAAAACCUGCUUACAUAGAUAACUUUACUCCAAGAGUAAAUAAAACAUAUAUAAUAUUUAUUAUCACAUUUGAAAUACAAUAGAAUAUUUAUCAUUAUAUUACAUGACAUAGGUUAAAAAAAUAAUAACAGGGCAGGUGGUAGCUUCUAUUCAAGGUUAAUGAUCAUAAUUUUGAAAACAGCCAACAGUAAUAGUAAUUCAGCCUAUGGCUGCCUAAUGGCACUGGAAUGAAGUAUAUAGUGCUUUUAAAAGUGAGUAAUUUAUCUACCGUUUUCUUUUCUACAGUACUCAGUGUUCUAAGCCUUGGGUGAUGUGGUGUGUUGUUUAUUUUCUCUUUUGGAAGCACAUUCGCAGUUUAGUUCUGAAAACACAGUUAGUAGCAUUUCUUUAGAAUUAGGAAUUGUUUUGUUACAUUAUUUGUUUAUAAAGUGCACACAUGUUCUGUAGAGCGGAACAAUUGGUGUAUGAAACAUACAAGUAAAUUAUGUCAUACAGUAACAAUAGGUGGCCAUUGUCUUUUUAAAGGAUCUGUAAGUUUUAAGACAAAAUAUUAAUAAUUCUGACGAUUUUAUACCAUUUUGGAAAGAAAUUGAAAUAAAUGGUCAGUUGAGUGAGAUAUACAAAAACACAAAUUAAUUUAUAGUUAAUAGGCUGUGAAAAGGCAACAUUUUCACAUCAGAGAAUUCAUAGAAAACAUUUAGUUUCAAGGAAGGCAUUGCCAGUAAGUGAAUGCAGAUUACAAAGGCCCUUUUUUGGUAUUGAACCUUGAACUUUCUUACUUUCAUCCAAUAAAGAGAGAAUAAUGUAAAUAGAAACCCUGCAGUUUGAGUUAGGUCUAAUGGGGAAAGGUUGUAAAAACCGUAAAAGGGUUUGAUUGAUUGGCGUCUACACUGCAAUCCCAAGAGCAAAGUGAUAAUGCCUUGUUCCCCCUCCUACCCUCCAUCACCAGAGGAUUUUAUGUGACACUCAUGGUUACAGAUUAUCUGUUGAGAAAAGCCAUUAUCUUUGGUAGGAAGACAUUAUAGGUAGUGGUUUAAAGUGAAGGAAACAUGGAAUACAUCAGAGCAAAUGUACAAUUACCAAUUAUUUAUAAAUAAUAAUUACAUGUAUGUAUACCAAUAAAAUAAUAAUGUUAAUAUCAGAACUGGUGAAAAUACAAAUUGGGUUUGCCAAAAAAAUAAAUGUUUUUAUUUUUAUAGAGUGGAGAAGAUGUUACCUUUCAUGCUGGUAUAGAUGUACUUUCUGCAUAUAAAGAGUUGUGUUUCACCUGUAUUUAUUCUUGUAUAUUUGCUGAGAAUUGAAUGACAAUCCUCAGUAACUUGUUUGUAUAAACAAGUUAUGGAUAAGUGUACCAGUCAUGUCAGAUACAUUUGCUGUGUGACCAUCAGUGUCCACAUCUGGUGGAAAGGUUGGGGGAACAUGAGACUAUCACCCCAAGUCUUUUAAAAAAAUCUAAAACAAUUCAGUUGCUGUUUACAUUACACAUGCUAGUAAGACUUUAAAACAUGUGCACCCUUUUUCACCUAAAUAUAUUUUGGUAUACAUAUCAGAUGUCUCUACUGCUAGAUGUCUCUACUGCUACAUGAACUCUGUUGCUUAGUUUAGGCAUUUACCUUAUUAUUAUUAUUAUUUUAUUAUUUAUAUAGCGCCAACAAAUUCCGUAGCGCUUAGAGCAGGGGUUCCCAACCCAGUCCUCAAGUACCCCCUACCAGUUCAGGAUUUAGGGAAUACCCAGGUGUGUCUGACACAACUGGAUAAUCCCUAAAUCCUGGAAUGUUAGAGGGUUCUUGAGGACUGGGAUGGGAACCACUGCCUUAGUGGGUUAUUGGUGCAUUUUUUUUUCUUUUGACAACUUCAUGAUGCCUAGUUAUAAACUUGAGCUGAAGUGUUUUGUUUUCUUCAUCAUCCAAUCUAUCUCAAUAAUUUUUUAAAGGACCACUAAAUUCACCCAGGUCACUUCAUCCAAGCCAAACAUUAUUGCUGUUUUACAGAAAUGUUUACCUCCUGAAGGGCUAAACACAUUUCCAGUGGCUAUUACACUGAGGCCCCUAGAGGCGCUUCUGCUGCAAUGACCUAGGAAGCUUGAUCACGUGAUGCAGAAAACUUGGAGAUGCAAGCGGCACUUGCCUCGCGGCACUUGUCAGUCUCCAAUGCUUCUCUAUGCAGAGCAUUAGAUUUUACCAUCAUAGAGGAGGUCAUGCUUCCUCUAUGACAUUGCAGGGAGAGAGGUAAGCAGGAAAAAGGGAUGUAAAUAACAUUAUUUAAUGGAAACCAAGUGGGGGGGGGCACCAUUAAGCUUAUUAUCUACAAUGAUUAUCGAUGUCUGUCAGUCUGCCUGCUUUCCUUUUGAAUACCUGUCCAUCCACCCAUUUAUUAAUUUAUCCACUUAUAGUAAGAGCUUACCUGCUUGUAAUUGUUGUUAUAUUUAAAAGUGUCUCUAUUUUGUUUCUGAACUCUUUUCUCUUUUUUUUCUUUUACUUAAUAUCUGCUAAUGUAUAAAAGAAAAGAUAUUUCAAAACUACUAGAAAACUGUAUAAUUAGCAAAGGUUACCGGAGUAUAGAGAAUAGCAUUGCUGAAUCAUACUGAUAAUUGUAAGGGCAAGUUAAUAAUUGUGAAAACUCUUGCAUAAGGUUAAUGAUUUACCCCAAAUCUUUCUUUUUAUCUAUACUCUCAACGACCACUUCAUUAUAUAUUGGCCUUUUAAGAAAAUAGUUGCAAAGUAACUUGUGAUUGUAACCUAAUAUAUAAUGUAUUUAGACAUGUUUAAAAGUGAAUGAAGGCACCCUUUAGACUCAAAGUGGAUUUUAUAAUGUUUUAUGCAUUGUAACAUUUGAAUAUUAAAUAUUAUGAAUAAAAACACCUCCAAAUUUCGCUUUUCAUAUUUUUUUUUUCUAAGCUUGAUUUACCUCCUCUGAAGUAAACUUAAACCAGAAACCAGAGAUAUUUCAGUUAAUCCCUUGUGUACAUUUGAAACCAAUGGAAUAAGCAGAGCUCAUAGAUAUCUAAUAAUAAUAAUAAUAAUAAUAAUAAUAAUAAUGAAGCCAUACAGGUAAAGGGAAGUCAAGCAUAACUAUAUAACAGAACAGAAGCUAAGCAUGUACAAUCAAUUUCCCUUUAAUUGUGUAUGAAAACAUUGUACACAUACUUUGAGACUGACCUUUGGGUCACAUUUUGCUGGGUAUCUAGAUGCUAUCUUUUGGAUUUAAGAGACAGUAGGAGGUGGAGAUUUGGCAAACAGGAUUUAUUUAAUUAACAGAAAACUAAUGAUUAUUCAUUACUAAAUUACUUUUCAAUGCUACACUGUUAUAAAUGGAAACCUGUUAAAAAAAAUAUAUACACACAAAAUGCGCAGCCAGCUUAAUUAAUUGCAAUUUUGUAUGCUAGAGUAUGUUGAAUACCAUAAUAAAUAAAUGCAAUGAGGAAAAUGUAAGUAUUUUAAGGGUUAUUCCCGUUAAAUAUAAAUGCAUAUUUUAUUUUCAGACCAUUUUAUUCGUAAAAUGAAUUGGCAUUCAGUAAGCCCAAAUUGGUUGUGUUGACUAUCAGAGUGGUUGUCUUUUUAUUCGCUGGAGGAAUAGACAUGUUGUCACACACCAUUAGUCUUAUUUUCUAAGAAUUAUUUAAGUGAGCCAUUGAAUACUUGUUCUACUUAAUGAUUUCUUUUCUUUUGUUUAACACUUUAAAUAAAAAAGUAAUAAACACAAAAUUACAAAGGCAGAGGACAAAUGCCUCUCUGGCACCAAACUGAUUAAAAGAUAAGUCUAGUACAUCAAAUGCCUAUAAUGGGUGAAAUACCUUAACAUAGUCAAAUUCUUGGUUUGGAAAAUAAUUUUCAGUACAGUAUCUAUCUAUCUAUCUAUCUAUCUAUCAAAUAUAUAUUUCUAUAUACAUAUUUGCAUUUUAAGAGGGUAGUAAGUCUUAUUUCUUGCCUACGUGAUAUUCAAUUUCAACAGGGCAGUCCAGCUGCUUGCUGGAGGAAUUAAAUCACAGAAGACCAUAAAGAAAAUUUGCACGCAGCUGUUAAACCAUUUAACCUUACUUUUUUAUCCCAUGUAAUCUGUCAUGCGCUGAGUAAUUUUAAGUAUAGAAUGUGGUAUCUACUUUUAAGUCAUUACAGUAAUAAAUAAAAGCUACAAACAUUUGUUAAUGGGUGUAUGCUGAUAGCAGGAGAGAGAAUGGGAAUUUCUUGCUUAAGGGCCAAGGAUUUAUAACAAAUCAUAACAUAAAGAAAUAGUGUAAAUGAAUAUUGCUAGUGGUGCUGCCUUCAGGGGAUUAUGUGAAGCAAUCAUUUACAAAAUAGCAUUUGUCAGGAUCUGUUAGAACAAACAAUUUAUCGGAUAAUUUUUUUUAAAGUUUUGUUCUUUUUCAUUGUGUGAUAGAACCAGACAGUACAUAGUUGAAAAAAACUUGGGAUGCUAUUAUUAUUGCCAUUUAUAUAGAGCCAACUUAAUCCACAGUGCUUUACCAUUUAAAAAAGGGGCAAAUUUAACAAUAAAUGAAACAAAUACAAAAUGUUACAGGAACAAUAGGUUGAUGAAAACCUGCUCAAAUGAGAAUACAGUCUAGAGGAGGUGGGGUAUACAAAAUACAAUAGGAAGGGCAGAGUAGGGGAUAGCAACCAAGCAACAAGGUAGCACAGUAGCUUAACUGGAAGAUGAGAGUGAAAUAUGAUCCAUUAAGAGAGAGCAAGAGACAGAUUUGUGAAAUGGGUUUUAAGGGAACUUCUUAAAUGAUUUAGACUAGGGGAGAGUCUGAUGGGUGAGGCAGACUACUCCAAAGGAAUGGAUACGCCCUCGAGAAGUCCUGCAAGUGUGAGUUAGCAAUAGGGGUAUCAACAGCAGGCAGGAGAGGGUUAUCGGCAGAGUGAAAAGAUGAGACUAGAACUGUUUUAGGUAAGGGUUGGUAUUUAGAAUCGACUCCUAUAGAAUAGAAAAAGCCAAUGUAAGUAGCAGAGGGUCAAGGUGUGAGAGGAGCGACAGAAGAGAGAAAGCCUGGCAGUAGCAUUCAUUAAGGACUGUAACGAGGCUAUAUGAUUUCUGGGGAGACCAACUAGGAGAGGAUUACUAGAGCAUGAAUAAGUUCUUUAGCAGCAUCUCGUGUAAUAGAAUUGGCAGGAUGUGUCAACAGAGUGGAGGUGAGGUGCAAAUGUGAGACCAGAAUAAGAGAUAACAGCAAAACUGCGAGCUUGCAAGGACAGAUGGGGUGUAAUCAGCUUGCAGGGAGAGCAAAAGGGGAAGAUCAUUAUUAUGAUGAGUAAAAAUAAGAAGCACCAAUCAGAGAUGGAAGAAAGGCAACCAGUGAUGUUCUAGGAGAGAGAGAGAGAGAUCAGGGAGGAGCGCUAUAUCUGGGUGUCAUCGGCAUAUAUGUGCUAGCAGAAUUCGAAAGAAUCGAUAAAUUUUCCAAAAGUGGCAGUUUUAAGAGAAAACAAAAUGGGACAAAGAACAGAGUCUUGGGGGUCUCCAACUGAGACAGGACCAGGGAGUAGGUGUCAUUAGAAACAGAGACACUGAAUGAACCACUGGAGGACAUUGUCACAGAGGCAGAGGGAGUGAAGAGCUUGAAGAAGGAGGACAUGAUCAACAGUGUCAAAGGCAGCAGAAAGAUCUAGAAGAAAUAGGAUGGAGUGGUGACCUUUGCGUUUAGCCACAAUUAGAUCGUUAGUUACUUUAAUCAGAGCGGCCUCAGUAGAAUGAAGGGGGCAGAAGCAAGAUUGAAGAUUGUUGAGGAGAGAGUUGGAAUUGAGAAAGCAUUCCAGAUGGGUAAAGACAAGUCGUUCCAGAAGUUUUGAGGAAAAUGGGGGAAAGGAUAUGAGACGGUAGUAGGAAGGGGAAGAUAGGUCAAAAAAUGGCUUUUUUAAGACGGGUACAACAGUAGCAUGUUUAAGGGGAACGGGGACAAUGCCAGAGUAAAGAGAACUUUAACUUCUAUCUCACCAAUUAGGCAUUGCAGAACAUAUCACUUCAGCUCCUAGCAGUUAAGGGUUCUUAAACAUAAAGGUACUGACAUCAGAGCCAAUAUUACAGCAGUAAACUGCAAAACUGCUACAGUAGGUUACAGAAAUACACGCUUUUCCUUUUUUCGAUGGAGAGUUCACUGCAGGGUUUAUUGAUUAGAUUAAAUGGAUAUGAGCUGUAAAAUUCAGAAUAUUCAGUAAAACUAUUAGAGCUUCCAAUAUGUGGUAAAAUAGGAGUUGACAUGAGUCUCUCUUGAUUUGAGCUCCUGAUUUGAGUAAUUAUUUAAAUCAAUUGGGGCAAGAUACAGGAAUAAGUAUGUGAAGACUUUAAUUGAUUUAAUGUAUACAAUAGCAAUCUUCUAAGCCUGGGUUGGCUAUGUUUGAUUGCGAUUUAAAUACGCUGUGGUAGAUGUUGUGUCAUUUAUUUUAAGAGACUGCUAUAUAUUUCAUGAAAUGAUACAGCCCCUACUCCAGCAUCUAUAAGGGUCUGGGACAAGGAUCAUUAAUCUAGUGCUGAUAUGAUGUUAGAUCAUGGUAACCCGUCUACCAAUAAACAAUAUCCUAAAGUUUGUCCAUCCCUGAUCAAAGCUAUGGUAAGAGGAUGGACAUUAUAAAUCUGUUCACGGAUAAUAUUUUAAUAACUGAUUUUAAAUUUCUUGUCAGAAAACUAUUAUUGAAAAAAUAGUUAAAAUGCAUAUAUCUAACACUUUUUACUGAUUAAAAUCUUUUUCAAAUGGGCAACCUAUUAGGUAAAAGUCAAAUGCAUGCUUGGAAAUGUUAUGAUCUAAGCAGAAAUGACAAGUAUGUGAGUGCAAAUUUGUUAUUCAAAAUAUUGGAAAUUCUGCUGGACUGUUUAAACAUGUUACAGUGCAUAUAGAUGGUGUUUAUGCUCCAUUGAUUGAUGGAAAUUUCUUUUAGGCGACAGGUCCAUUUUGAAAUGCAGAAACAUUCAGUUUGUUUUGUCUGUGUUGCAUUCAAAUAGGGAGUUAUAUAUUUUCUCUACUCCUUAAAUAAAAGCUCAUGCUAUUCUAUUAUUUUUCUAAUAGGGUUUUUGUUUUAUCUUAUUUUAUUAUUUUCUAACAUUAGCACUUGCAGAUAAAAUGUGUACUGUCUUGCUGCUCCCUACGUCAUGGAGAGUUGCAGUUCUUGCUCCCCUUGUAGAAAAUUCAAUGGAAUAUCAUUGGGUUGCAUUAUCCCUUCCUGAAGCCAGCUGUGCAUUUUAUGUUUUUUUUCUUUACAUUGUUUUCUGUCAGGGGCAGCAAGACCUCCAGCAAGAUCCAUGAAUCUUAAUGAAACAUGAAAAAGAAAAAUAACAAAGGUUUAUCUUCUAAACUAUCAUAAGAGAUAAAUACAUGUAUAAAACCAUAGGCAUUUAUUUGCGUUGGAGAAAAAAACUAGGACAAAUAUGACUCUUGAAUAUAAAUUUGAAGAAAAUGUGUCACACUGUAUUGCAAUUGAAAACACAAUUCACUUACUUAAGUCCGGCUUUUAGGUACACUUUUGACAAAUAAUAUUGGACCACACAGCACUUGAAAUCCAUUAUAUUUAUGUGAUGAAGCUAUAUGACUCACUAGGGAUUUUCAUUCUUUAGCAUAGGGAUUACAGUGUAUAAUAUGAUUUAGUUUAUUUUGGUUUGAUUACUCUGAUGGAUUUUAUUUUAGUAUUUGCUUAUGUAAAUAUUUUUAACCCCUUCACCAGUGAAAUCGAGUUUAAACAAUUUUUAUUAUAUGUAAUUUGCAGUAUGAAAUUUAGUCCAUAAAGCCUCACUCACCCUUAUUUAUAAGAAUGUAGAGGAACAAAUUUCUCUGCCAGAGGACACUAGUUACUGAUAUAAUGCCUGCAGGUUUGCUCACAAUGUAAGCUGCCCCCGCUUACAAACAGUAAAGUUAGUUUCAAUGGGUCAUGUCAUUUCUACAGGCAGGGUUGAAGGAAGAGCUACCAUUUCACUGUUAGUCAAUCUCAGGAAUGUUAAUGUAAUGCUAAGAAUGAUAUUGCAGUUUUAAAUAUCUUUUUUUUUUAAAUAUAUGAUUUAACUGUAUGCACUGUAUGUGGUCAUUAGGCAGACAUUCUUUUUACAUUCUGUUGCUAUUUUCAGAAAAUGGCACUGCGAGUUAUGCCUUAAGGGUUCUUGCAAAUACCUAUAAGCAAGGUAUUUGAGUAUACAUCUAAUUUUGUCACGCGUACUAUAUGUGAGAAAAAUUAAAUUUGUGCUUUUAUUCUAACGUUUAAAUCCCUGUGUAAAAUAUUGCAAGAUAAAGUACACUGUAUGCUGGUAAUCACGCUAUUAAGUAUGUAAUUCACUGAUAAGAGGACAGUAUGGCUGUAAUUAACAAGAAAGAUACUAUAUAAUUUUGAAAAACUGUUUAGUAUGUUCGAACAUUGGGAGAUUUUCUGUGUGAGGGGGAGGGCACACUUUUUAUUUAUUAUUACUACUUUUAUUUUUUUUAUUUUUUUUAUUUGUGCCUCUGUGUAUUUUGCACCCUCUGCCCACCCCCACACUAUGCCACUACUUGGCAGUGAAGUGGUUAUGAUGUAAAUUGGCAUCUACAAAUGCAUGUGAAUGAGAAUUUCACCAACAUAAGACCAAUUCUUUCAAGUCAUCUUUUUUUAUCACAAGUUGUUUAGUAAGAUAAUGCAUUAAACAUUAGUGUUCAUGAAUAUACUGUAUGCAUGUAUAUGAGGAAGAUGUGAAUAAUUUUUCUCCCUAUCAGUCUGUUUUUGUUUCUCUGAAACUGUAUCUAAAGACAUAAUGGAGAGAGAUCACGUCUAGUAAAAGCAAUUUUGGCCCUUUAAAGAAUUGCUUAUUAGCAAUCUGUGUGAUUUACUGAGGACUCAGCUGGCUGCCAGCAGCGGUUUAGGAAUGUGUUCUCCAGGGCCUGGUAGCAAAAGAUGAAAAGGACCCAGAGCUGGCACAAAAGCAAAUAAAUGCUUUGACUUUAACUAAAACAUCAUAAUUUAUGAGACUGUUUUCCUCACUCUCAGCACAGCAUGAAUAGAUAACAGCUUUGACUGUAGCACAGAGUAUUUGCUGCUUUUGCAACAUCUUCUUCACAUUGAACUGCAAAAGCCUUUCUUUUUUUUUCACACACACACAUAAUGAGUCAUUUGCACAAUACUGUAAAGUAUUCACAUUCUGUUUUUUUUUCCUUUCACACUGCAAAUCUAGAAUCUAUUAGUGGGCAUAUGCAGAGAUUAAUUAACUUUCAGAGAAGCGCUACUUGCUGGAUCUCAUAGGUUUACAUCUGUUCUAGAUUUUUUUUUUCCUAGGCUCAUUUUGCUUUUUUCUGUGUUCAACAAUCAUUCAGUUGUUUUUUUUCCCACCACCUAGUUUUUAUGAAAUAAAUUCAAUGUUCUGCUGAUCAGUUCUCGGAAAUUACCUCCCACGGGCUGCUCUUUUUUUUUUCUUCUUUGGGUCUCUGGCAUGAAACGAAUGUUCUGCGUUCCAUUUAGAUGUCUGAGAGACUCAGACGGUCAUGUAUGGUCAUUUAAAUGCUUCCACAUAAUAAUGAGAAAACAUCAACGUGUUUUAAAAGCAAUUUAAUCAGUUUUGCAUAUGUUCUAUCUAGCAGGGAUAUUUUUGAAAACAAGACAGGAGUAUCUUAUUUUGUGUUUCUUUCCUUUAUUUUUGUAUUUUAUUGACUGCAUUAUUAUGUAUAUGUAAAAAAAAUGAUGUGUAAAUGAAGAGAUAGUAGUAGGGGAGAAGGAGGCAUUUCCAGUGAGCAGCGUCCAUUUUAAAUAACACAUCAUUACAUUGUUAGAUGAAGAGCACAAACACUGUACUUUUGCACUUACUAUAAUUCAGUAUUGAAAGUGACAACAAUUUGGAAGUACCGCUUAGUGUUUGUCUACAUGCUGUGUUUUUAUAACCUACUCAAGUCAUACCUGUCUCUAAAGGGUUCUGGAAUUCACACGUCUAUGUAAAUACAAUCCUCAUCUCCUUAUCCAUUACCGACCUAUGAGUAAGUCUCCUAAGGUGCUUCACACCCAUUAGGUUUUUAUCAUCCCAACCCCUAGCCAAUAGCCUUAUUUUUAAGACACUUAACAAUAAAGGCAAUUCAAAGAAGAACCAUGUAGUUACAGUCUGUCCUUCCUUUGUGAAACUGCUGCCCACAGAGAAGCUUUUGACACCUUUCUCUUUUUUUUCUUACUGUUUUUUUUCCCAUUGUUUUCAAUGCUUGAGGCAUCAUAGACAUCGAACCAGCUUGCAGUCAGAAACAUGGGUUAACUCUCUAAACUUGUACUUAAUUAUUUCAACCCAACAAUCCUCAUACUGGUUUUCUAGUUUUAUUCCUGUGCUUUAGCUUGGGGGCCUUGACUGAGGGGAGUAUCAUGGGAAAAUUCUUCCUUUGCCCAUUUUAGACAGUAGCCUUCAUAGCUCUCAGUGAUGUAUACUUUAAAAUUUUACCAUAGAUAGGAAAACAUACUGUGAUUGAACUGGCAACUAAAACGCACUAGACAAGAGCCCUAGGGUUCUAUUGGGCCAAAUUGCUAAAGAGCAGUUGCUGUGCAGCACACUUAUUGAGCUGUUUACAAUAACACAGACUGUUUAUUAGCAAUUACACAAAGUUAAGGGACAUAUUAAUCUAGGCAGUUGUACAUUGCACAAUUAUCUAAUGUGCUUUCAAAUAAUCUGUAUUAUGUUGAGUAGCAGAAGAUAAUUUGUCAUUUGUUUUUCCUUUCUCUCGGUCUCUAGGUGUAUUUUCACACAAGAAAAUAUCAGUUGGAUUGCUUUAUAUUCUAUUUGCCUUUUCUUCUUUUUUCUCGUUCAUCGUUAUUAUUAUUCUUUUUUUAUUUUUUUUGUUCUGAUCUAGUUGCAGGGAGGGUGCUGUGGGAUAGAGAAAAAAAUCUAGCAGUGAGAAUCCUGUAAUUAAUGCAAAGUACAGGAAGCUAUGCUGACAGAUAAGCUGAUAGCUCUGCAAUAUAUUGCUUGCUUAACUGACUUGAGGGACCCAGACCCAGGAGGAAAUAGUGACUUUUUAUUUUUUCCUUUUUCUGCAGGAAACAGCUAAACCAUGUGUUCUAAAAUUCUGCAGCAUUGGCUUUGUACAUUAUUCUGUAGCAUCCCUUUUUUAGAUAAUGGUUUCACUAAAAUAUCUCAAGUUCAUUUUUUGUACAAAUUAGAAUUUUUAUCAACAGAUUUGUAUCUAUUUGUAUCUAAUGAUCAUUAAAUAAUUAGAAUCUAAUAUAUAUAUAUUUAAGAAUUUAAUUUAUAUUGUUUACACCUUGUGUUCUGAUGGGUAGAAGGUCUUAUAAUUCUCAAUAAUGCAGCAAGCAUUCUUUGUUUGUGACAUUACACAUAGUGAAUUUUUGUUCUCCACCCUUCAGACCACAGACUGACAUCAUGUUACUUGCAAUAUCCAUGGAAAAGGUACUGUUACUAUGGAAGCAGGGUGGAAAAAAAAGGGAAAAUGGCAAGAGUGAUGCUUUUAGCUGACCAGUCAACUGAAUAUUGACCAACUGUCUUUUCAUGAGGAAGAAAUAGAUGGCAGUGAAUAAGCUUGAAUCUAGUUUUCCAAGAAGCUGAAUGAUUUUCCCAAAUCAAUACAGCUCAUCAGGCAUCAGAACAAAGGCUGCAGGGGGGGGGAUGCGACAGUGAUUGAGGUAGUGAUAGGUUCUUUGUGUUUAAGAGCAGGAAGACCCAGGGGAAUGCUAAGUCUGCGUUAUGCUUUUCAUUGCCUACUCAGUGUGCGUCUUUCAGAGAAGGUUUUCAAAAUGUGUCUUUUAUGCAUGAGAGAGAGAGAGAGAUCUGUGGAUAUAAAAGCAGGAAAUCUUAGCAAUCUAAUCUAAUUGUCAAGCAAUUAACAUUUUACAUGCCGAAGUAAUGAGCAAAACCAUUGUUUAGAUAUUUGUCUUCAGUCCUAUGCAGCAUGCACACAGUUUUCUCAUAUCUAUUUGUAUACCACAUUUGUGUACAGGGCCUCUCACAAUAAAGCCAUGUCAUAAUUUGCCCAGACCCCAUUUUAAUGGAGCCCUCAAAUUAUUUAGCAUUUCAUACCGGUGACUAAAACAGUUUUUGUAAGAGCAUUUGUUAAAUUAUGAUUGAUUGAUUGAUUGAUUAUGAUUAUAAACAUAGUCAAUGCACUUCUGAGCAUUUCCCAUUGCAUUUUGUCAUUUACACAUUAACACAAGGCACGGCUCUGCACAAUUAUUGUACUCAAAUUGCAAUUACUAAAUGUCAAAAGUCUACCAUCUCUAACUGCCUACAGAGUCACUCUAUCUAAACCAGCAAUUUCUAGCCCUUUUCGUGAUUUAAUCUGUGCAUAGUGCAUUAACACCAGAGAAAUGUGUCUUAAAGGUUUAUGAUUGUAGUAGCUGCAGCUCACUAGGGCAUAAAGUGUUUCAUUAUGCUUUUCUUUGUUACCGCUGCCCUAUCUCCUGGGCUACAUUGCACUACAUUAUUUGUUCAGAUAAAGCCCUAUGUUCAGGGUGACUAAUCUUAGCUCUGUGUUCCAGAUGGUUUGAUUACAGGAUGUGGUUAAAAUUACUCUUCGAACAUUUGGCUUAGCUAUAGGGCUGAAAAAACAAAAUGAAAUAAGCUAUGAUGCUGUCUCUGGUCACCUGGCAUAUUUCCCUUGCUUUAAUUGCUAAGUGUUUUUAAAGACUCCUUUGUAAAGUUCUAAGGUGCAGCCUCAAGUUUGCAUUCAAGCAUAUUUAUCUUGAAUGUGAUUUUAUUUCAGAUUAAAAUUAUAGGUCUGGACCUGUGGUCAUUUAAAUUAGAACUCUAUGAGAUAGCGACAGAGUGUGUGGUUAAAAAUAUAUUGGGGAAGCUGUGUUAAAUAAAUAUUGUUCCUGUGACAUGUACGCUGUAAUUGUCUUGGCGAAAGGUCUACAUGCUCCCAAUUACGGAAGCCUGAGACUUUUGUACCGCAUUGUAUACUUUCUUUUUUGUACUUUCCUUCAGUGAAAAAUAAACAAAAAUAAAGAAUGUUAAAACAUAAUAAUAAAUAUUGCUCCUCUACUGGAGAAAAACAUAUUUUCAUAUUCUAUUAAACCUUAGCAUUCGUUUUUUUGGAAAAUACAAGACAUUUUGAGCAGGUCACUCUCCACCAUGUGUUCCGGUGAACUUCCUUGUUUUAUCACCACGUUAAUUUAUUGAACUGGACUGAUAUAAUAAGUAUAACAUAAGUAAAAAAGCGUAUAUUUAUUUAUGAGUAUAAUAUAUAAACCAGCUGAAGCGAUUAGUAGAAAUGCAUUGGUUUAUUAUACAUGCUCACAUUUUCAUCAAGAAGAUAAUGUUUAAAAUUUAAAUAAUUAUCUCAUAACUUAAGUAAUAUGACUGUGAACCUAGUGAUGCAAAUGUAUAUUAAUGUGCAUUAUAGUAUAGUGUAUAUAUAUAUAUAUAUAUAUAUAUUCUCUACAUUUUAUUUUCCUUCACAUCAAUUUUUCAACUGACUAUUAUUUUAUUUUUUAUUACUAUUUGUUACAUAUCAAAUUUUGACAUUGUGGCUGUUUCAGCGAGUAGCAAUCUUCUAGUUUCUUAGGUUCAGUCAGGCUUCGAUCGUGCUGAUAUGAUUUAUUGUUUCACAAAGCGCUGGGAAAAAAAAAGGUUAAUUUGAUGUAUGUGACAACAGCAUUUGUUAUUGAUCAUAGCAUCUUUGGCUCUUCUCCAGUUUCUGAUGGUUUCUUUAAAGAUGAAGAGAUUAUGCAUUAUUUUAUUAUCAGAGUUUGAGAAAGUAAAUUUGAAAAUUGGCAAACUGUGCUACAUGCUAAUGGACCAGACUAUUAUUUUGAACAUGAAAGCAUAUAUAAAAAAAAAUUAAAUGGUUAGAAUUUGGAGUCAUUGAAUGAAUGUAAUGCUAAGAUGUUUCCAUUCCUGCAAUGCCUGUCCCACCAUCUUGUUUACUGCAACUAGUACCCAUAAUUCUCUGUCAUUUUUAGACUAGUAUGAAAAAUAAAUGUUUGAAUCUAAAAUUAGUUUAGGGAACAUGACUGGACCCUCACCUCUACUCGUAAAUUUUGAUUAAAAGACAACAAAUGGCUUUCAUUGUGCAUUUAGUUCCACAAAGCAGAACCCCUGUAGAUUCAAAAUGUACAGUGCAAUUUCCAUUAUCAGUCAUUUACAAAAAAUCAAAACCUAUUUUAUGCUGUACUGGGGCAUUAAAAAUGUUACAUGUUGGCUUUUUAUAAAUCACUUUCCUUUUACAUCCUUUAUGGUGUAAGUUAGCUUAUCUUGGCCCUUCAUUACUUCCUAUAAGUUUAAUUUGUAAAUCAAACGUAUUUAUGAAACAGUAAAAUGCUGGACAACUGAACCAUUAGUAGCGUUCUGCAAUUUUUUUUUACAAGAAAUCAGGUUUUAUAUGUUUGUGUUUUGUGCUUGUUUCCUUGACCGCCUAUUACAUAAAGUAUUGGCUGUUUGUAUUUAUCUUCCAUUUGAAAAAGGGUUAAUUUUUUUUUUUUUAAAUUGCUAUUUAUCAAGUCUCUGGGGACAGAUGCAAUUUACAACAGUGUCACCUCUCUGGAAAGCUGUGCUAAUGCAAACAACACAGUAUUUGACUUGCUAAGUCAGGAUGCAUUAUACAAUAAGUCAUCUUUGUUUGGACUGGUGUUGCAUGACACAGAUAACACAUAGUCUCUUGCAGUCAUAGCUAUUUACACCCUACUUACCCACAUCACAUUGUUGCCUAAUGGUCAAAGUAAUUUUAUUUCCAGCAUUGUUUGCUACAGUUUUAAGGUUCCUUUGCAAUCUGACAUUAAAGGAGCACUAUAGUGCCAGGAAAACAAACUCGUUUUCCUGACAAUAUAGGGACAUUAGGUCUCCCCCACCUUCAGGGCCCCCCUCCCGCUGGGCUGAAGGGGUUAAAACCACUUCAGCCACUUACCUUUCUCCAGCGCCGGGCUCCCUCUGUGCUGGGGAACUCUCCACCCCCUGCCGACGUCAGAUCCGAAUGCGCAUGCGCGGCAAGAGCCAUGCGCGCAUUCAAACAGCCCAUAUUAAAGCAUUUCUCAAUGCUUUCCUAUGGAUGUCCAGUGUCUUCUCACUGUGAUUUUCACAGUGAGAAUCGCGGAAACGCCUCUAGUUGCUGUCAGUGUGACAGCCACUAGAGGCUAGAUUAACCUGCAGUGAAACAUAGCAGUUUAUUUGAAACUGCUAUGUUUUCAGCUGCAGGGUUAAAACUAGAGGGACCUGGCACCCAGACCACUUAAUUGAGCUGAAGUGGUCUUUGGGUGCAUAUAGUGGUUCUUGAAUUGUGUAGGUCACUCACUCUCUGAACAGGAUAUUACUGCAUUAAAAUCUUCAUAUUUUGCAGAGAUAACACUCCCCCCUCGCCUCCCCCGCCCCCCUCCCCCCCUUGGGCCUCAAACACGUUUAUCCCUUUUCUAUAUCUAGGAUUGCCAGAUCACAUUAUUAAUUAAGAAUGCUUGUAAAAAUGCUUAUUUCAGGGCUGUAUAACUUAAAACGAUGCCCUGAAGUAUGUUUUGUUACAAGAAUUUAUAAUUCAAAUAGAGGCCUGACAAUCUUACCCUCAUCACACUGUCAUUUUUCAAAGAGAUAAGAAUUUGCUGAUGUUAUCAAUGUAGAAUCCCCAGUAAACAUGUUUAGAAAUCCCUGCAAGCAAGACAAUUCAGUCUUGUUAAAAUGGAUAAUACAAUAGAGUAACUUUUACUUCCAGAUGAAGGACAUAGGAUUUACUGGUUAUCUGCUCUCAGAGAAAAUGUAUUUUUUUUUGCUUGUGGUAAAAGGAAGGAUGAAAGUAAUGGUUUCUGGUGUAAUCCAAGCACAUUUGUUUUCAUUAAUCUAGGUUUCCAUUUUUAGUUUCCAUGUGAAAAUUGAGGAGGUAUAGGACUGUAAACUCAACACCGUGAAAAAUAUGAUUAGCGUUGUGACAUCAGAAGGUUUUCUGACCUGCAAUAUACCACACAAAAUAGUUAGACAGGAUUACAAAAGCUGCAAUGCAUAGCCAAAUGUAGUAUGUGUGUAUAAUUAAAGCUUUUUAAAAAAAAUAUAUAAUUCUUUAUUUUGAAGUAGACCAGUGUAAUGCAAAGCACAGUCUGCAAACGAGUUAAAUUAUUUAAAUUGACAGGUUAUAUAUUGCAAUAAGGAUCUGGAAUGUUACUAUUUUUCUAAAUUUACCAGUAAAAAAAAAAAAAGAAGUAAAAUGAAUGAGUGGUGAGUUGGCAAUAAUAAGCACCAGAAGUAAGGGGAAACUAAUUAUGUGGGGGGUUUGUAUAAUAAGAGACCCAUGAGUUCCCUAUCUUUUCAAAGGAAGUAGGCAAAUGGUGGACACUAGGUGACAGUUUAUACAUUCCUUAUUUUGAUACCACUGUCUUCUAUCACAUAAUUUAUGUAUUGAGAAAAGGAAAAGCUUCUACACAGAUGUAUACAGUACAAUAAACAAUAAACACAAAAUAUAUACUUGAUAAUAUGAUCUCGGUUAUUUAAUAAUAUGAAAUAUGAAAUUAGCGUAUUCUAUUUAUUUUCCUCAAUUGGUGUUUUUUCAUGUACAUUUUUUUAAGUUUUUUUUUUUAAAUCACAAUUACAUUUCUCAAAACCAAUCGGCUACAUGUGAAAUGUUAGAAUUGUGAGCUGCUGAGUUGCUGUGUGCUUUUUUAGUUAAUGUUAAUGGAAAAUAAUUAGAACAACUGCUUGUAUUUGUCUUUUUCUUCUUAUUGUUGAAACCUAAGAUACAGAUCUCUGUCCAAGCAAUCACAUGGCAGUUGUUGGCAGCUAGCAUUGACCAAAGUUUUGUUGGCCAUAGCUAACAAUUCUAGAGUCUUCAAGGGGGAAGGAAAUAGCAAAAAAAAAAAAAAAACCUUUCAUGAAGGGUUAGGCUUUAAGUACUAGUGCAGACUUUCCUGUUUUUCAUCUUAUUAGCCAUUAAAAAUGUGGGUUUGUUGUUUCUUUUAUGUUUCCUUUCAAGCUAUUUUAAUUAUACACAUGUGCUUCAUCCUAGGCUUCAUAACAAACCAAUCAGGUUUACUGCAUGUAUAGCUCUAAACACACCAACCUUCUGGCAAUACCAGUGAAUGUCUGUGCUGUAAAUAUAACAGACUUGCUUGAGACUUUUAAGAUGUUGGAAAUGUCUUUUGACACCACACAUAUACUAAGACACAGAAGCCUUGCAUAGAAAUGAACCAUGGCUUAAUAAAAUGUUUAAGUUGGGGGAAGUGUGUGGAGGAUAGCAGUUCUUGGUUUUUCUUUUACCUUUGAAUGUACUAUCUAUAAAUGGAUCAUUUAUUAUCAUAAAAUAGCAUUACUAACAUCUUGAAGAGGCAAAGGGUUACAUCAUGUUGUGCAAUAUUUAUAGAGAAAUUAAAUUUUUAUGUUGUUGAUUUUAUACACAUUGAAAUUGCCUCUGUUCAGAAAGUGACUUUGCUAGGGUCACACUAUCUCUGUUUUUGUGUGGCUUUAAACAUCUUUGUAAGUAAAAGUCAUUUAUCAUCUCUCUGCUAAAAGCAAUAUAGAUUAUUUGUGGUUAUUUUCUGAUUUAAUCCAUACAAACUGGUACUCGGCUUUUGCUAGCUGCCUGUUAAGUGAGAGCAAUUACGUUUAAUAAUAGCAACAUUUAGAGGUAGUGUUUUACAGCAGGACAUGGCAAAAGCUAUUUCCUGCUGUCAUUUCUAUCUUGAUUGUGCAUACACAUACACUAUUUCCUGUGGGUUUCAAUUUGAGGCCACUAAAACCAAGGAAAGGAAGCACGCCAACCACAGCUAUUAAAAGAAAUCUAACUGAAUCUGUGAACAUGCUUUAGAAAAUUACAAACUAUAUGAACUUAAUAGAACUUUCUUUUCAUUUGUAGGUGUCUUAGUUGUGAAUGUCACAUGGCGAAACAAAACAUAUGUAGGAACCUUGCUGGAUUGCACAAAACAUGACUGGGCCCCCCCAAGGUGCGUUUAUUUUUUUUUAAAAGGGUAACGUGAUCAACCUUUAAAUUUAAAAUAAAGAUAAGAGUAAUUGUAAUUUUGUCAUAAUUUUUUUUGUUUUGUUUUAUUUGCGUUAGUUGUGCAUAUGUUUUUAAGAUAUGUUUCAUAUUUUGAGAUUAAAUGCAAAUGAUUCAAAUCCUGUUUUUAUUCAGAUUCUGCGAUUCACCUACAAGUGACCUUGAAAUGCGUGGAGGCCGUGGCAGAGGAAAAAGAUCAAGAUCAGCAGCUACAGCAACAGUGGCACCUCCUGGGACUGAGUCAACUUUCACAGAAUCUAGAGGGCUUCAAAAUAAAAACAGAGGAGGAGCUAAUGGCAAAGGAAGGCGUGGAAGUAUUAAUACAAGUGGGCGCAGGACACCCCCAAAUUGUGCCAUGGAGGACAUUAAAACAAGUCCUUCACCUGCUGGAAAAAGGAAAAGCAAACCCCCAAUGGAACUAGACCUGAAUUCCAGUUCUGAGGACAAUAAAUCUGGCAAAAGGAUCAGGACAAAUUCUCGAAGCACUCCAACAACCCCACAAGGAAAAAAUGAGACUUCUUUUUUGGACCAAGGCUGCUCUUCUCCAAUUCUAAUAGACUGUCCACAUCCAAAUUGCAACAAAAAGUACAAGCACAUCAAUGGACUACGGUAUCACCAGGCACAUGCACACUUAGAUCCCGAAAAUAAACUGGAGUUUGAGCAGGACAGUGAGGAUAAAGUUUCUGACUGUGAGGAAGCAUUAAGCAAUGUGGCACUUGAAUGCAAUGAGUCAAGCACAAGUUUGGAUCAGUUAAAAGCACCCACAUCUCCAAGUUCACACUGUGCCCCAGGCACACCAAAGAGCAAAAGAGAAUUAGCAAAUAAUGGUCCAAAUCAGAUCGGAAAUCCUAAAAGUGGCAAAAAUUCUGGAAAAAAGAAAGGUUUAAAUGUUGAACUAAGUAGUCUACCUGUAAUUUCUAACAUGGCAGCCACACUGGACAAUUGUUCAACAUUAGACAGUACCUUAACAGUAGAAAUGCCAAAACUUGAAGCAGAAGGAAUUAUUGACAAGAAAACUGUAGGCGAGAAAGACAAAACUAAAAAAGCCAACAACUGCAAAAUUGAUAAAAAUCUUUCAAAGCUCAAAACUGCUCGGCCCAUUGCACCAGCCCCAGCCCCAGCCCCAGCCCCUACACCUCCUCAAUUAAUCGCUAUCCCCAGUUCAGCAUUUACAAACACUAAUACAGGGACAAUACCAGGAUUACCCUCUUUAACAACUACUGUUGUCCAGGCAACACCAAAGAGUCCCCCAUUAAAGCCUAUUCAACCAAAGCCUACUAUUAUGGGAGAGCCAAGCACUGUAAAUCCUUCUCUCUCAUCCCUCAAGGACAAAAAGAAAAAGGAAAAAAGAAAACUAAAGGAGAGAGAAAGUAAAGAGCCUGUAAGCCCUAAAACAGACUCCAAAAUUUGUAAAGUAGAGGAUUCAAAAGGAUCUGGAAAGGAUACGCCUGGGCAUUUUUUAAAAGAACAUUUGAGCAAGAGUGAAGUACUUGCCAACGGAUUAGGAGAAACUCAAGAGAGCCGUAUGGCAAGUAUAAAAGCAGAGGCAGAUAAGGUCUAUACGUUUACGGAUAAUGCACCAAGCCCUUCUAUUGGAAGUGCCUCUAGAAUAGAAUGCAGCACUGUGAUAAAUGGACAAUCUCCUAUUGCACCGUUGCAUGUUUUGACACAAAAUGGAGGUGAUAGUUCUGCUACCAAAACAAACAGCCCAGCAUACUCUGAUAUUUCGGAUGCUGCUGAUGAUGGGGGUUCUGAUAGCAGGUCAGAGGGUGUGAGAUCAAAGACCAGCUCUCCAUCUGAAAUUGUUUGUAAUAAAGACAAUAUUGUUAAGGGGCCCUCCACACCUAUACAGCAAUCAUCUCAAGCAAAAGAAUCUCUUUCACCAUAUUACCAUGGUUAUGAUCCAUACUAUUCGCCUAAUUAUGUGCACUCAGGACAGAUCAACAAUUCUGCGACUGGCAAUUCUAAUUCUGCACAGGUAAUGAAAAACAAAAAAGACACUGAAGAAGAAACUGAGAAAAAAGAAAAAACUGAAAGUGCAGAUUGUAAAAAGAAUGAAUUAAAUACCAGUAAUUUGCCACCUCAACAUCAGUCUGUUAUCACGCAACGGCAUCCUGCACUAGCUCAGUCACUUUAUUAUGGACAAUAUGCAUAUGGACUUUACAUGGAUCAAAAGUCUUUAAUUGCUUCAAAUCCUGCCUAUCGGCAACAAUAUGAAAAGUACUAUGAAGAUCAGAGAAUGGCUGAGCAAAAAAUAGUGCAAACCAGCAGAGAAUGUGAGAGGAAAAUAGAAAACCCUUCAAAGGAACUAGUGAAAGAGGAGAAGCUGAAAAACAUGCCAACGGCUACUGUUUCAAAAGCACCUUUAACACCAGAACCUGGUAAAGUUAACCCAAAAAUUGGAAUUGUUAAUAAAUCAGAUGAUUCUGGAAAAUCCCAGAUUCUAUCUAACCAUCAGCAGCUUCAAUGUGACAGUUUCAAGGCAAAGCAAAUGGAAAAUCAUCAGCUCAUAAAAGAAGCCGUAGAAAUGAAAUCUGUUAUGGACUCAAUGAAACAAACAGGGGUGGAUCCCACCAUGAGAUUUAAACAGGUAAAUUCUUCAACAGAAUUGAAGUGUGAGUUCUUUCACUUGUCAUGAUAAACUUGCUUUCAGAUGCUUGUUAAUUGUAUUAUUAAUGGUAAUCAUAAAUUGUUGUAGCAGGUUGUGUGUGCUGUUUCCUGCUGAGCUGUAGAGACACUUUAAAGUAAAUGCAAAUUAAAACUAAUGGUCUCUCUUUCCUUCAGGACUCUGACUCGAGAUCAUGGCAUCAUUACAUAUACCAAUCAAAGUACCUCGAGCAGCAGAAAUCAGAGGAAAUGGACAGAGAAAAAAAGAUAAAAGACGAUAACCUGAGAAAAACACCAAAUAAAGAGAGUGUUCAGCCAGUUGCAUUACCUAUUAUGAAAGAAGAGAGCAAAGAGGUUAAACGCCCAGAUUCUCAAUUAAUAGAAGAGGGCAAAAACAAGAAUGAAGACCGAAAAACUCCUGUAAAUUGGAAAGACUCCAGAAAUGCUAGAGUUGCAGUGUCCUCUCCAAUGAGUCAACAUCAGUCAUAUAUUCAAUAUUUGCAUGCCUAUCCAUAUACCCAGAUGUACGAUCCAAACCAUCCAGCAUAUCGAGCAGUGUCUCCUGUUUUAAUGCAUAGUUAUCCAGGUGGGUAGAAACAUAAAUAAAUAUGAGGUUUUACUGUAUAUUAUCAGAUUUCUAAAUUGUGUUUUUAUGUUUUGGUCAUCGUUAUUUAAGUCAAACAGGCAAACCCCCAAGUAAUAGACUUCUGCAACUAAUUUGCACAAUUUUAGUGUUGUGAUAAAAAUUGUGUUUCAUCAAAGUUGUAUGUGAAUAUAUUAUCUUUAUAGAUCUCUAGCUACCAUUAAGAAAGAUAAAAAAGUGAAACUUUUUAACAAACCUUUAUUUAAUCUACUGUUGUUAAACACAAGUAACAUAUACCAAAGUUGUAACCAUAUGUCUUAAAUCAGCUCCAGAAUGUAUUCUAAGUAGGUAGCAAACUGAUACGUUGGUAAGUUCACAGGACCUAUAAAUCAGAAGGAACAUUUAGAAACCAUCAUUAGUGUUUGAUAUGGACAUUGGAGUACUACAUAGAUAACAAAUGUCAUGUUAAUGUACUUGAAUGGGACACUCUAGGAUGGAUUUAUCAUAUUUUAAUGUAUUAUGUAUAAUAAAUAAUUAUAGUUUUUAAUAUCCUGUUUGUUGUAGAAAAUGGCUAGUUUUUAUCUCCUUUCUUUAUUGAUGCUGACAAGAGCAAAUGACUGAUUAAGAUCUCAGACAAAAUGUGAUAUUAGAUGUCUUUCCUAGAUAUUCAUGUAUUUAUGAUGUUUGCUGUAACUGUACAGCUAUAUGUAUCAUGCUAAUUGCUUCACCACUUCAUAGUAAGCAUGGUAGAGGACCAGUUGUAAUUUUGAUUUUAUAUUUUUUUUCCUAGGGGCUUAUCUUUCUCCAGGCUACCCUCACUACUCAGUAUAUGGGAAAGUAUCAGGACGAGAUGAAACUGAGAAAGCCAGCACAAGUCCCAGCAUUAACUCCAAAUCAGUACCAGAAUCAAAAGCAUUAGACUUGCUCCAGCAGCAUGCUAAUCAAUACCGCACCAAGUCCCCUGCUGUAAGUUAGUAUAACUUUAAGUUUCCCUGGUAUUUGCAAUUUGAUGUGAAACAACUGCAGUACAUAGAGCUCUGCGUCACUGAUUUUUACAUAAAGUGGGUUACACCUGUUUCACAAACAUAGGUCUGGAAUGUGAUUAAUAUUUAUUUUACAUAAAUUAAUUGUUCAGUUCUCCCAUGUAGUCAUGGAUGUCACCAAAAUGAGCAAAUACAAAAUCCAUCUCUUAACCCCAGAUGGAAUUUAUAUCCACCAAUACAUAAAUAUCAUGAUAAUAUCAUCUGCCUUUGGAUGCUAGAACACAGCCAAGCCAAGCCUGCCUGUUAAUAUUGCAGAGCAAUAUAUGUUUUAUGUUUUUGUUUUUUUCUCAUAUGCUGUUGGUUUUAAUAACUGUUAUACAAUACCUGUCUCUAAUGUAUAUAUAAGAAUAACUUUAACAAAACCCAAUAAUUCUGAUAGCAAAUUCUGCUUAUUUUUGGGAUUCUUUUAGCUGGCAGAAAAAGCCACAACGGAGCGAGAACGAGAAACUGAAAGGGAGAGGGAUCGGCAUUCACCUUUUGGGCAGCGGCAUCUUCAUACUCAUCACCAUACACAUGUUGGAAUGGGCUAUCCAUUAAUUCCUGGACAAUAUGACCCAUUUCAAGGUUGGUAUUCAUUUACUGCAAUUUAUUGCACCACUGACAUUUGGAGAAUAGGAAAGGAUUUUUGCAGUUUUUUAGUUCUUCUUUUAAAUGUAUUAAUGUUUCCUUAAUUUUUUUAUUUAAAAAAAAAAACAUGCUAGAAAUGAGAAAUAGCUCCUUCCCCCCUAUGGGCUCAGUCUUCACAAAAUUGUUAGUCAAUAAAUAUCCAUGAAUAUUCACAAACUCCAUUGUGUACUCUAAUGAACCUCAGAUUGAUCAAAAUAUAUUUCUUCUAAGCACUGACCAACUGAGCUAUUCAAAAGCAUAUUCAAAAAUAUAGUGGGUUUAUCUCAUUUAGCAUACAACGUCUUUUCAAAUUCCCCUUAGAAGAGGUAUAAAAAAGUAAAAAAAAAAAAAAAAAAAAAGAUACAGUAAAAUAGUAAGUUUCACAGUGGUAUGAAUUUAAAACCAGAAUGGUUAAAAUACUAAUUUUGGUACUUAUUGCAAUUAGGUCCAUGGUUGAGUCCUUUUCUAUCUAUGCUCAAAUUAUAUGCCCACACUUUGAUAAUGAUAUGCACAUUUUCACUCCCAUUUAAAAACAUUGUAGUAAGAUUAUUUUAAUAUAUUCCCACGGUCAGCCCCUUUACAAUUCCCUAUGUUUGCUUUUUUUUUUUUUUUUUUUUUGGAUAGUUAAGGGAGUGCAGUUUGUGAUGCAUGUGUACUGCAUUCAAUGGAAUGUACUCACAUGGGGCUUUUCCUUUAGGGUUGACAUCUGCUACCCUUGUUGCCACUCAGCAGGUGGCUGCUCAGGCAUCUUCCUCCGGUAUGUUUCCUACACAAAGAAGGUAAACAGAGUGUAAAAUAACAUUGUAUAUUAAAUAAAAUCACUUUUACAAAUCUAUGAAUAAUGGAACUUUUCAGUAUUGCCACUUUGUACAACAAUCAAGUGAUGUACAAUAAAAUAAAAAAAGCUUUACCACAUGGUAACAAAUUAAAAGCAACAACUACAAAAAAUCCCACAAAAAUAUCCACUUCAACCCAUUGUCUCUUGUAUAGUUUCCAGCACGAUGCUGAUGAAUGUUUUCAAUCUGUAGACUUAAUGUAGAAAUGCAAAUGAGAGUUCAAAUUGUCAUUUUAGAUUUUCUUUCUUUUUUUGUGAAUAUUUUAAGUUUCAGUAAGCUGAGUCAAGUGGCAGUAGCUGUGUUGAUUCAAACAGAGACAAAUUGAUCAAUUCCAUUGUUGUGUUUCAUAUAUUCAUCACAAGUUGCUUCAUAAUAAAAAACAAAGUCCUGCAUUUACUUUGUAUAACAAGAAGCAUAAAAUUAACAAUGGAUAUUUGUUGUGCAAUAUUUUCUUAUUUUAUAUAUAUUUUAAGAAAGAAAAUAGUGAUGCUUAAAAGUUCCCUGGUGUACUUGUGAAUAAUGUAUAUUACUGAGUUUCAACUUAACAUGAUUAUUUUAUAGAUUCUUAAACAACUCAAUAAAUGUAGCAUAAUGUUUAGAUUGUAAUCAAUAAAUGCUUAAUCUUCUGCAAUGUUCAUUAAGAUGAUUAUGGGCAGAUUAAAGCAUUUUAUAAGAUGCUCAUAAUUUUCACCUUUUUAUAGCUUUGUAACAUUUUUAUAUAGUAAAUGUUUAAUCAGCCUGGUUGUUUGAAAAUACUAUAGAAUGCAAACAUUUCUUGGUAUUUAAUUAUGUAGCUUUUUGUUGGCUUCAAAGCUAGCUUUGACAAGUUUAUACUGCAGAUACAGUAGCUAUGGUGGGAAAUAUAAAGAACGUGAAACCCUUUCUGUAAUACGCAUUGAGUAAACAGAACCCAUGAGAAUAGUGGGGAAUGCUAUUUCCAGGCUACAGAUGUACACUCAGUAAUUAGAGACACAAUGAGAAUUAUGUGCCCAUCAAUAGAGGCUUUGUGAAGCCCAAAUAAAGCUGUCCACAACUUGAACAGAACAUUUUAUACACUGACACACUACUCCGACUCCAGGCUUAUGAAUGUGAACAAUAUAUUUUCAUGUUGAAUAAUAAAAAAUAAAAAAAAUUAAUUUUUUUUUUUCCUCUCUCUUUUAGGGAAUGAAUACAUAGAAAAUGUACAUUAAGUCAUGUGACUGGAUCACAUGGGAGAGUGCUUUAUUACAGACAUCAGUUCCAUGGUGUUUAUCUUUAAUGCCUAAAUGGCAGGCAAAAAGUCAUUUCAUUUUUGUAAAUUGCAGAUUUUAUAACAGAGUAACAUGUUCCUGUAAUUAGACGUCUGUGUGCAAGUACAGCAUAUAUAUCUGUAGGUAUAUGUAUGUACGCAUCAGUAUGUUUGUAUUGUAUAUUUACAUGCACACAAAUAUAUAUAAAUAAAUAUAUAUAUAUAUAUAUAUAUAUUCUUUACUUUUUUUUUUUGUAUCGGUAACCAGGCUCGCACACCCAUGGGGGGGUCUGCUGCUAAUUUGCAAACCAAGCGGUAAAUUGAAAGUGUAUUUGUCAUGUUGGAAAGUGUUUACUACAAAUGGCUGUUUUCUUAUUUUCCCGAACGUGUAUAUAAUGUUAUGUAUCCAUGUGCCUAAAAUACUAAAAAAAUCUAAUCAUAUUGGCCAUAGACUCUAAAAGAGGCAGGCUGUCGUGACGACACUUUGGUACAAUGUAGAUGUCUAUAUGGUGGCUCCCAUUUAAGAUACAUCAGUGUAAAUGUUACUGUAAUAAUUGUUUUAUUGUAAUAGUGUAUUGUGAAAAUAUACAUAUGGAAGACAAAGGGUUGCCAGCACCAUACAAUAAUACUUUUGUACAUAAUGUAUAAAUGAAAAAAAAAGAAAACAAAAAAAAAGUAAAUAAUGAACAUCUGUGAAUAAUGUGUCUCUUUUAAUCUUGAAUGGCCAAUAACCCAAUGACCUGCAUACCAGAAGACAUCUGUGAUUGUUCUAUUACUUGAAUAGUCCUGCAGUCUUUUUUAAUGUUUACAAUUAUCCUGUUUUAGAAGAGAAACUUAAAUGCCAUUGCCUGGUUACUUGUUUUAUGCUGUAAUCUAGUUUAUUUUAUGUAAAAUGUAUAUUGAAUGCUUUCAUUUUUAUACCUGCCUUAAAUAAUUUGGCAAUCAAAAUAAAAUAAGUUGUUUUUUUGUA